AUGGUCCAGAUUUUGCCCCGCACAUGGACGGCCCCUCCAACGGGAAUCCGGAAGUGUCUCUCCGAGUCCCACCGACCUCUCCCCUCUUUGCCCGCCGGCCUCUUCCUCUUCCCCUCCCGCCCGCCCCUUUCUGCGCCUGCGCGGAGGGCCCCCCCCCCCGAGCGAGCGAGCGAGCCCGAGUCGCCUAAGCCAGCUGCGGAGCGGAGCCCCGGAUUCACCAAGGCGGCUUGCGCCGGCGGCGUGACGUCAGCGCCAUAGAGCGCCGCCGGGCCUUACGCCGCUGGCGCCCCGGCCGUCCCUUCCCUGCUUGGCUUGCUCAGAAGGCGAAAGAGCUUGAAAGAGACGGGAGCGCGAAAUGGGGCGCCUGGAGGGGGGCAGGCCCGGGGGCCCCCACCCCUGAGGAGCCAGGGGGAGGGGGAAGAAAGCCAGGUGAGUCUUUUGGGGGGGGUUAAUUUGGGAAGGGCUUAAUUGUUGCUUUGGAGGGGGGGCCCUAUUUGCAUUGCUUUAUAUAGGUGCAAUUUUUUUUGGGGGGGGGACAGAAAAAGACCCAUUAAUGCAAUUUUUUUUCGAGGGGGUAGGAAAGAGGAAGCUGCAUUUGGGGCCAAGGGGGUCUUCAUCUUUUUGCACAUGGAUCCAGCCCUAUUGCAACACAUUUAUAGACAUUUUAUUAGGAAUUUAUUGGUGGGGGGGCUGCUGGUGGGAGGGGGGAGAAGGAAGGAGGCUUAGCUGGGUGUGAGUUAAACUUGGAAAAAAGGGGGGGCAGAGAGAGGCCUGCUGGCCCUGUUGCAUUUCUCUCCUCCACACACCCCAAUUUCUCUCUUCCACCCAAGGAAUAAAUAAAGCACCCUCGCAGCCUCCCCUUUAUAUUUUAAUUUUUUUGUAGGGGGGGGGGAUUUGCAUUUAGGCUGGAGGGAAUUUCAUAAAAUACCCACCUCCUUUCCACAAGCCUUUCCAACUUUAAAGGGGGGGGGAAUGGACCAGUUUUUUAAAAAGUGGAUUUUGGUUGUAUGGGACAGAGACAUGUGUUUGUGUGAAUUGGAAGAGAGGCUUGUUCUUCGUUUUUUUUCUUUACGCCAAAAAAGAAUUAAAAAGAGGUAACUGUGACCUAGGCCUACUUGUUUGUUUUGCUCUUAACUUCCCUUGUCUUCUUUCUUUCGUUUUGCAAGACAAAGAGCAGUGCUUAAGCUGUAUUAUAUUUUCAGUGCUUUUUUUGGAAACGUCCUCCCCCCCCCCCCAAAAAAAACUUUUUAAAUUUUCUUCCCCAAUUUGAAGAGCGGAGGAAAGUGGCUCCUGAAGUGUGGUGGUUUCUAACUUGGAGGGUUAUCUUUUGAAACAGAAAUGAUAUGAUGAUGAUGAUGAUGAUGAUGGUUGCAACUGAAAGGAAAGAAUUCCUUGUAAACAGUUGUUAUUCUGGGAGUCUGCUUUUAUCAUUUUCCCCCUUUCCUUCCUGUGGGAACUGGGCCUCUUUCUCAACACCCCCCCCCCCCACAAAAGUCCCUUUUUCCAAAACAGUAGGUUAGCAACAUCCAUAGCUUGGGUGUGUUCGUGGAAAAGGAAGGGAAAAAGAGAGGUGAGGGGGAGGGGAGACAAAAGGAGGAAAUGAAAGGAACCUUUAACAAAAAAGGGAGGUUUUUUGGGGGGGUGGGAUGAGGGUCAGUGCAGCUGUAGCUGAGUGUCUUUUAACCCCCAGGUUGGCAAAUCCACCUCAUUUUCUUUUCCACCCAUCUCAGACCAGGCCUUGUCUUUUCUCUUUCAUCCCUCCUUAGUAGCAACCUCCCCCCCCCCCUCAAAUUGCAAAAAGAAAAAGUGAAAAUCUAACUGUUGCAAUCUAACUGGUUUGUUUUCCUCCCCCCUUUGGAACCUUCUGUUAUCUGUAGCAAGUCUUUUGUUUUGUUAUUAAAGCAAAGAACUCCUUCUUUAUUUGCAUCUUUUCUUCAUCCUGCCACUUCCCAACUUCCCAAAAAGAACCCCCCCCCCAAAAAAAAAGUGUUUUGAUGUGAAACACAUAAAGGGAUUUGGAAUCCUUGGGGGUUUUUAUGCAGGGAACAUCUCCUCUCUCUCUCUCUCUCUCUGCUUAUCGCCCUAAAUUGCCCCCAGACAGUCAAAAAUCAAAAUGUCUGGUGGGUUUUGGAGAUGGGGGAAUAGGGAAGAAUUCCUUCUGGGGGCAGGCCUGCGGCGCUCCGAGCGAAGGGAGGGGACCACCCAUUUGGAUUCUUGCUCUCUCUGUAAUUUUAUUUUCCAAGCACAAACCUGUUAUGUUUCUGCUUGUGUGUGUGUGUGUGUGUGUGUGUGUGCACAAAGUGUCUUCGUGGCAGGUUUUUAAAGCAAUCUGUUAGGCAGGCUGUAUAUAUAAAAACCCUGAUUUAUUUGCCCGGAACUGUGUUUGCAAAGUCACUAUCUUGGGUCUUGUUAUAUUCUGGCGAGGCCUUUCUGGAACGGAUAAACCAAAGCGUGCGAAUCCUUCUGGCAGUAGAACAUUUGACCAGGAAAUACAUCGGAUUCCCCCUUCCCUCCUCCUCCUAGCGAGCGAAAUGCUGAGAAACAGCUUCAAAAAUAAAAUGUGGUGUUUAGGAACUUCUGAAAGAAGGGGUUGGCUUAUGAGGCCAGUCGUGUUCAGUUAGGAAUCUUUAUUUAUUUUUUCUAAACAGCUUGACAAGACACAGGAGAAGUUUUGUUUUGUUCCCAUGCAGGCUAAGGGAAAUUGUUUAUAGAAUCAUAGAGUUGGAAGGGACCACGAGGGUCAUCUAGCCCAACCCUCUGCAAUGCGGGAAUCUUUUUGCCCAGUGUGGGACUCGAACCCACAACCUUGGCUUCAACAUUUGCAUUACACGGAAGAAUAGAAAACCGCAUGUGGAGGAGCGGGGACUCGAACCCAGCUCACCAGAUUACGAGUCUACCACUCUUAACCACUACACCACACUGCCUUUGACAGAGUCGAACCAUUCACCUGCUGCACUGACUGGCAGCCGCCCUCUGGGCUUUUAGGCAGGAGACCUCUGCCAGCUGAGCCUGGAAAUGCCCUUUUAAAUGCAAAGAAAGUCCUCUUACCACUGAGGUACACCACUUCCUUUGAAAAUAAGCUUAAGACUCUAGUCCUCAGGGUUUUUGUGGUUUUAAACAGGAAGGUGGGGGCUGAACCCGCCCCCCCCUGUCGCAGAGCUUACAGCCUUUCCCAUCAGCUAAGCCUCUUCCCACUGCUUAUGUUUCGCUGUGGUUCUUAAAUCUCCUGACAACGCUGCGAGGUAGGCUCAGUCUGAGAGGCGCAUUAGAAUCUCCUGCUCCACAGUGGUUAGCUUAAAAGCACUUGCGCAUGGGAAACAGUGACUUGCAUCUAGUUCUGUGGCAUCAGCUGAUACAGGGUUGAAAACGCCGAUAUGGUAAAGGUAAAAACCAUUAGGUCCAGUUGUGGCCGACUCCGGGGUUGUGGCGCUAAUCUUACUUUACUGGCCGAGGGAGCCGGCGUACAGCUUCCGGGUCAUGUGGCCAGCAUGACUAAGCCGCUUCUGGCGAACUAGAGCAGCGUACGGAAACGCCGUUUACCUUCCCGCCGGAGCGGCACCUAUUUAUCUACUUGCACUUUGGUGUGCUUUCGAACUGCUAGGUUGGCAGGAGCAGGGAGCGAGCAAUGGGAGCUCACCCCGUCAUUGCGGGGAUUUGAACCGCCGACCUUCUGAUCGGCAAGCCCUAGGCUCUGUGGUUUAACCCACAGCGCCACCCGCAUCCCUCCCGAUAUAUUAGCUUAUCUCCAAAUGCCACCUUAAACCUAGCUUGUUGUCGCCACAACAGAAUGUCCAGGCACCAUCUUUUUCUCUUUCUUUUUGCAAUGGUACAUAUUAUUAUUACUUUCAUUUUUGAGUAGUUGACAACACAUUAAAACAUUAAACCGCAUGGAGAUCUUUCUGGGGGCCAGGCUGGCGACUAACAUCUCCACCUGGCUGCCCCCUCCAGCUUUCUUAAGCAGAUAAGCAGAAGAUCUCGUUUAUUUCAUUUAUCUCCCAGCUUUUUCUCCAACGAGUCCAUGGUCCACCCCCCUCCUCAGUUAAUCCUACAACGACCCUGUGAGGUGGGCCAAGAGACUGUGACUGAGACUCCAAGGUCGCCCAGUGAGCUUCAUGACUGAGUGGAGACUCAAACUCUGAUCUCCUAGGUCCUCAUCCGACACGCUAACCACUGCACCACCCUGCCUUCCUAGAGUCCUCCUGCUAUGGGGCAGCUCUAUAAAUUAAGUACAGUCAUACCUCAGGUUACAGACGCUUCAGGUUGCGUUUUUUUGGGUUGUAGACCGCCGAAACCCGGAAGUACCGGAACGGGUUACUUCCGAGUUUUGGCGGUUGCGCAUGCUCAGAAACACUAAAUCACGCUUUGCACAUGCGCAGAAGUGCUGAAUUGCAAUCCACACAUGCGCAGACGCACUGUUGCGGGUUGCGGGUGCUGCAGGUUGCGAACGUGCAUCCCGCAUGGACCGCAUUCGCAACCCGAGUGUCCACUGUAGGUAAAUCAAUGGGAGGAAAGCCAAAUGUCCCUGAGAAAGGGAUCUGAAAUAUUUUACUGGAAGCCUCCAUUUGUUUUAUUCUGGGUUGUUUUGAUUUGACGUUUUAAUGUGUUGUCAACUGCCUUGUUAUUUUUCCCCUUUAAUAUAAAAAGCGUUUUACAUUUUACUAUUACAUUCUAACGGGUUGUUUAAUAUUUCUUUAUUUGACAUUGCUUUGUUUUCUGUAAGUUGUUUAUUCUUUAAAGUUAUUGUGACUUUGUCUUGGAUCAGAUGCUUAUUAGGUGUGUGAUCUUUGCUGCCUGUCCUGUGGUUUCUUCAGCUCAUAAACCACUUUCUGUAUAGUAAUAUAGAAAGGAGGUAUUGAAAUUUAAAUGAAAGCGGUAUAGAAGUGGAAUUUUAUUAUUGCAGUGGUACCUUGGAAGUCGAACUGAAUCCAUUCUAGAAGUUUGUUCGACUUCCAAAAUGUUCAGAAACCAAGAUGCAGAUUCCGAUUGGCUGCAGGAAGCUCCUGCAGCCAAUCAGAAGCUGCGGAAGCCACAUUGGAUGUUCAGGUUCCAAGGAACGUUCACAAACUGGAACACUCACUUCCGGGUUUGUGGUGUUCGGAAGCCAAAACGUUCGGAAUCCAAGGUACAACUGUAUUAUUAUUAUUAGUAGUAGUAGUAGUAGUAGUAGUAUCAGUGCUUUUUUUCUGGGGGGGACACAGGGGUACGCAUACCCCUAAACAUUUUGUGAAUCUUAAGUUUGGCCUCAUUGAGGGACAGUAUUUCAAUAUGAGUAGGAAAACGAGAGUACAGUGGACGCUUGGGUUGCGAACGUGAUCCGUGUGGGAGGCACGUUUGCAAACCGCAGCGGCGCAUCUGCGCAUGCACGGGUUGCGAUUUGGCACUUCUGCACAUGCGCAAAGCAUGAUUUAGCACUUCUGCACAAGCGCCGAAACCCGUAAGUAACCCGUUCCGGUACUUCCGGGUUCAGUGCAGUGCGCAACCCGAAAUCGCGCAACCCAAAGCGUCUGUAACCCGAGGUAUGACUGUACCCCUAAACAUUUUUUUUAAGAAAAAAAAGCACUGAUUACUAUUAUUUCAUUGGGGGGAGAAUGAUGCCUAGACAGUUCAGUGUGGCGACUGUAACCUAGGUUUAAGGUGCCAUUUGGCGGUUAACUUCUAUAUCUGAGUUUCUCGCCCUGUCCAGAGGGUCCCAUUUAUCUCCCCAGGUAGCACUGAGAAGGUUCCUUGUCCAAAACUCUGGAGAAAGCUGCUGCUGGUCCUGCAGCCAAUCAGAAGCCGUGUCAGAUGUUCGGGUUCCAAAGAAUGUUCAUAAAGCAGAACAGUCACUUCCGGGUUUGCGUUGUUUGGGAGCCGAAACAACUUGCAAGUUGAACGCUUUGGCUCCGGAACUCUGUAAAAGUGAGUGUUCCGGUUUGCGAACAUUCUUUGGAACCUGAACUUCCUGAUACAGGGCUUCGUUCCGAUGCCUUCUGAUACUCUGCCAGUCAGUGCAGAGGGUCUGACUCUGUAUUAUAAGGCAGCUCCCUGGGAGCAGGUGCUUUGCAGCAGAGACUCCUUGGCCGAAAGUUUGAAAGCCUCUCCACACCUCCAGCCAGCUGCCCCACACACGUCGAGUUUUGUAAAGCCGCCUCAGCAAAGUUUAAUAAAUGAAGUGACCCGGAUGAGUUUUUGCUUAAAUUACAAUCACCGAAAAGCUGAAAAAACAGGUUAAAUCACAUGUCAGCAUUACCUAAACAAAACUGUUUUAGCAAGCAAAUGCGCCAAUAGGCAGUGAGUUCCAAAAGUGGGGAAGGUACCACACUAGAAGAUGAAUUUAUGUUGUCAACCAAUAGCAACUUAAAGGCUCUUCGAAAAAGCCUCCAAAAUCUUUUCUCCACUCCUUUCCAUUGAUAGUUUGCUUAGUGGUUCUUGGUGAAUCUGUUCCUUCAAAUACUUUUGCACUGUACAGUCAUACCUCGUGUUACAUUCGGUUCAGGUUACGUUCUUUCAGGAUGCGUCCUGCAGCGACCCAGAAGUAACGGAACGGGUUACUUCCGGGUUUUGCCGAUCGCACAUGCACAGAUGCUCAAAAUGAUGUCAUGCACAUGCGCAGGACUGGCAAAUCGUGACCCGCACAGGCGCAGGUUGCGUUCUACUCAUGUCGCAAACGGGGCUCCAGAACGGAUCCUGUUCACAACCAGAGGUACCACUGUACCGAAAAUCAAGCCAGGAAAGGAGGGAAAGCCCAGUUGUCAUGGCCUAGUCCCUGUUUUCAGAGCCCCUUGUCAUAGAAUCUUAAGAGUUGGAAGGGACCCCGAGGGUCAUCCAGUCCAACCCCAGGCAAUGUAGGAAUCUCAACUAAAGCAUCCAUGACAGAGAAUGCCACCCAGCCUCUGCUUAAAAACCUCCAAGGAAGGAGAGUCCAUCACCUCGCAAGGGAACCUGUUCCACUGUCAAACAGCUGGUACACUCAGAAAGUUCUUCCUGAUAUUUAGUCAGAAUCUCCUUUCUUGUCAAUUGGAGCUGUUGAUUUGGGUCCUACCUUCCAGAGCAGGAGCAAACAAGCUGGCUCCAUCUUCCAUACUCUCCUGUCUUCUCUCAGUCUCCUCUUUUCCAGGCUAAUCAUCCCCAGCUCCUUCAACCGUUCCUCAUCAGGCUUGCUUUCCAGACCCUUGAGCAUCUUGGUCUCCCUCCUCUGCACACCUUCCAGCUUGUCCACAUCCUUCUUAAACUCAACCACCUGGAAUUUGCGGACGCUCUCCAAGGGCUGCCCCACACAGUGCAGUGCUCAAGCUUGACAAAGAACGGCGGCAGUAUUUUUUUGGCCAAUUUUUUUAAAAAAUAUAUAUUAUUUUAGGGACAGGUCAAGAGCAACCUAGCAACCUCCUAGAGCUUAGAAAAGAAAAGGGAGUGCCAAUCUUCUUCCAACUUCAACGUUGCCUGGAGGUAGACCUGACAUGCCACAAGGCAGACAGCUAUUUAUAAACCUGCUCUAGGAAAACUUAGUGCAGAAAGCGAGAAAAGAGAAGUGGAAUGUGUGCAGGGGUUUUUUUGGGGUGGGCAGGUAAGGCAUUCACAGGAAGCACCUGGAGGCCUCCACCUGUUUGAAACUGGAAACGCGCCAGGCGCCUGGGGGAAUUCUAGCACUGCCCUGAAUGGCACAGAUACGUUCGGAUGGUGCUGGGCGCCAGGCUGAACCAAGAUGGCAGACUUUGCUCCUUCGAAAGCGGCGCUGCCAGUUUGAGAACGGCACUGGGUUUCUUUUUCCCUUUCUCCAGUUUCUUAGAGUUCCCGAUUGGCUCUAGCUAGGAGCCUGUUUGGAGAGACUGGUAGCGUAUCUGCGUGUCCUGCAAAUCGUUGUUUUUCUUUCAGGAGCGCGAGCACACAGCCAUGUCUGUCGGCCGCUUUCCUGCACGGACAGCAUGCAUGAAACGCCUCAUUCACAGCCGCCCUGAGCCAAACUGCGGGCAUCGCAUUUCUCCGGGGCGGGCGGUGGGCUGCAAGCGCUCCUGCAAAAACAGCUGGGGAAUGAGGGCUGCGAAGGGGCGACAGGGUGGGGCUGCCCCUCCGACUCUCCAUUAGUCCUCUUUUACGAUGGCGGAGCGAAAGCUUUGUGGUGCGGAGGGGAAGGCCAGCCUCUCUCAAAAAAAUGCCCCCCCCCUUAAACACCUCCACUGAUGGGUUUGCAAGAGCUAGACUGGAUGCACAAAACUGGCUUGAAGUCCAUAUCUUGAUACAGUGGACACUCGGGUUGCGAACAUGAUCUGUGCAGGAUGCACAUUUGCAACCCGCAGUGGUGCGUCUGCGCACACGCGGGUUGCGAUUUGGCACAUGUACAAAGAGCGAUUUAGUGCUUCUGCGCAUGCACGACCGCCGAAACCCGGAAGUAACCCGUUCCAGUACUUCCGGGUUUCAACAGUCCGUAACCCGAAAAAAUGCAACCUGAAUUGGCUGUAACCCAAGGUAUGACUGUAUUCGUUUUGUAGAUUUUGACCUGGCAAUAUAUCGCGAAUUGUGAUGUGUGUGUUUUUGUUUUUGUGUCCUAUGCAGUCAAUGCCUCUACAUAACUCCACCCUUAUUUCAGACAUUGCGAUAUAUUCAGAUAUUGGAAUAUUGCAAUGUUUAGCUGGUGAUAUAUUGCAAUGCUGGAAACCAGAUCUCACCCACUGCAUUUUUUACAUCUUUCUUAAAAACUUACUUUUCUCCUAGGGUUGGGCUAGACUAGACAACAAUGUUUGGGGUUCCUUCCGAACCCACCGUCCUGUGAUUCCUCUGUUCUCUACCUUCCUGUGUGUAGAGCUCAAAGACAGGUGGUUCAGUAUUCAACAGGGCCACAAGGCAACGGGGGGAAACAACGGAGGGAAGAAAUAAUUGGUUGAAGGAAAAGGUAAAGGGACCCCUGACCAUUAGGUCCAGUCGUGACCGGCUCUGGGGUUGCGGCGCUCAUCUCGCUUUAUUGGCCGAGGGAGCCGGCGUACAGCUUCCGGGUCAUGUGGCCAGCAUGACUCAGCCGCUUCUGGCGAACCAGAGCAGCGCACGGAAACGCCGUUUACCUUCCCGCCGGAGCGGUACCUAUUUAUCUACUUGCACUUUGACGUGCUUUCGAAUUGCUAGGUUGGCAGGAGCAGGGACCGAGCAACGGAAGCUCACCCCAUUGCAGGGAUUCGAACCACCGACCUUCUGAUUGGCAAGUCCUAGGCUCAGUGAUUUAACAGAGUAUUGCUCAAAUGCUUAAUCAAAACAGACACAUGAUUUGUUCAGGAUAAAAGAGAAACAGUCAUACCUCGGGUUACAGAUGCUUCAGGUUGCGUAUUUUGGGGUUACCGACCGCCGAAACCCGGAACUACCAGAAUGGGUUUCGGCGGUCGCGCAUGCUCAGAAGCGCUAAAUUGCGCUAUGCACAGAAGCGCCGAAUCGCAACCCGUGCAUGCGCAGAGGAGCCGCUUUGGGUUGCGAACGCUUUGGAUUGCGAACGUGCAUCCUGCAUGGAUCACGUUCACAACCCGAGCGUCCACUGUACUUCGGAAUUUGACACAGGAAGCAACCCUGGUUUUGCCAGUUUCAAGGCAACUGGGCAUCCCUUGUGUGGCGUCAUGCCUAGUUGCGCAUAAGAGCAUCAUGAGAGACUGCCGAAUGGGACCAGUGGUCUGUCUAGUCCCCAGUGGCAAAAUACCCACAAGAAGCUAGGGAUACAGAUAGACUGUCUCUGGCUGUGGAGGUUCCACAAGAGCGCAAGAAGAUGCUGGCUGCUGGAGACCAGGCCAAAUGGCCCAUCUAGUCCAGCAUCCUCCUCUCACUGCAGCCAACCAGAUGCUAUGGGACACCAGUGAGAAGGAUCUGAGCACUGGCUUCGUCGGACGCCCAGGGUUCUAGCGGUGGGAGGGAUGGAGGAAAACCAUUCUGCAUUCUGUUCAUAAUUUUAUGAACUCGUGUACCGUGUCGCCUUUAUGUUCAGAGGAAACUUAAAAGCCGCCGCUGUUCCUUGCAGGGGAGUCGCAGGGAGUAUGUUUCUCGCACCACCUGCGACCCGAGAUCCCGGGGCAGCUUGUUUUGCUCCUUCGCUUGAUCUCACGGAGGAGAGAACCUCUGAUUGUUCGUCCCGGGAGAUCCGGGGAGCGGAGAUUUGCCGAGCCUUGUUUAAAAGACUUGCCGACUUCUCCCCCGGGUUGGGAGAACCCGAAACACUCCUGGGAUGAUAGGAUCCUGCGCACGGCAUCUUGUCCUCACCACACCUUCCCCCAAAACCCUCCUCUUCCUUUAUUUUUCCAGCAUGGGCGGGGAAAUGUUUUAUUUAGACCCCUGGCUUGUGCAGUGCUGCAAAAAUCUGUGUGUGCUCGUUAUUUUUAGUGCUUUCCUGUUUUCUUUGUGAUUCCCACACGGCGCUGCUUAAAGAUUUGUGUGUGCUUUUAUUUUUUUCCAUUGUGGCAUCUCGUCACUCCCUUCGGUAUUGCACUGCAUAAUAUAUAAAUAUCUGUAUAUUCCAACCAGGUGUGUGCUGGCUUGUCUAGAAAAGGUGGAGCCCAGGAAUCAUGGUAGGCGGGGAAUUAGAGCUGUCCUGAUUUUUAGCAUCUGGAAGAGACAGAGGCGGCAUUCAUGCCUCUCCCUCCCCUCUUGUGGCCGUGGAGAAUUUCUGUGUUGUUCUGUUUUUGGAGGGCUUGGGGGUGUCAGGGAUGUUCCUUUGGAAAGAUAGCACAACAUUUGAGUACAGCGCAAAAUAUGGAAGCAGUUGUGUUGCAGUGGGUUCGACUAGAUGUUUUGGGACUACAAUUCCCAUCAUCCCUGACCACUGGUCCUGUUAGCCAGGGAUGAUGGGAGUUGUAGUCCCAAAACAUCUGGAAGGGCCGAGGUUGCCUAUGCCUGGACUAGAUCAUGGGUAGGCAAACUAAGGCCCGGGGGCCGGAUCCGGCCCAAUCGCCUUCUAAAUCCAACCCGCAGACAGUCCGGAAAUCAAUGUGUUUUUACAUGAGUAGAAUGUGUCUUUUUAUUUAAAAUGCAUCUCUGGGUUAUUUGUGGGACACAGGAAUUUACUCAUUUUUUAAAAAAAAAUAUAGUCCGGCCACCCACAAGGUCUGAGGGACAGUGGACCGGUCCCCUGCUGAAAAAGUUUGCUGACCCUUGGACUAGAUGAUCUCUGGGUUCUCUCUCAGCUCCGGAAUUCUAUGAUUCUGUCAGUCAUACGUCGGAGGUCGAACAGAAUCCGUUCUGGAAGUCCGUUCGCCUUCUGAAACGUUCGACUUCCAAAGCGCGGCUUCUGAUUGGCUGCAGGAAGCUCCCAUCGCAUGUUCGGCUUCCAAAAAGAAAUUUGAAAACCGGAACAAUCACUUCCAGUUUCCGAUCGUUCGGGAGCUGGAAUGUUCGACUCCCAAGGCGUUCGGGAGCCGAGGUAUGACUAUUGUUCUGGCAGGAGGACUAUGUUCCUCCCGACUGCAAAAAUAUUCUGGGGGCCACAUGCUUACUGGAGGGUGCAGGGUUAGAAACUCAGAAAUAUAAGCUAGGAACCAAAGGACUCCUUAAGGCCAAGGUUGUAGUAGCCAAAAAGAAUGUCUAGUUGCCAUUCUGGGGCAAGGCUGGUCUAAAGUCUUAUUUUCCAAGUGAUGGACUGACUCUGACUGAUUCUCAGUUAAACAUCUGGCUAGUUCAGAGGACAACCCUGAGCUCGCUUAAUAGCUUUGAGAACUUAAAAGAGGAAAAGUCAACUUGAUCCAGUGAUAGUCUGCAUGUAUAUUGGCUUACUCCAACAGGAUGCACAGAAAAAAGCAUUUUGGUUGCUGAAAUUCAUUCCGAUCGUGCAGAUAAUAGAUAACGGAUAGAAUUUUACAGGAUGCGGUAUUAGUGUGCGAAAACAGUCCAGAUUCAAGGAUCCCCGGAUUGUGGAGAUGUCAGGAGCCAUCCUAGUGUCCAGACAUCGUCACUUGGUUGCAGGUGGCCGAUAAAGGUAAAGGGUAAAGGGACUCUUGACCGUUAGGUCCAGUCAUGGCUGACUUUGGGGUUGCGGCGCUCAUCUCACUUUAUUGGCUUUAUUCCGGGUCAUGUGGCCAGCAUGACUAAGCCGUUUCUGGCAAACCAGAGCAGCGUACGGAAACGCUGUUUACCUUCCCGCCGGAGCGGUACCUAUUUAUCUACUUGCACUUUGAUGUGCUUUCAAACUGCUAGGUUGGCAGGAGCUGGGACCAAGCAACGGGAGCUCACCCCGUUGCGGGGAUUCGAACCACCGACCUAUGGCCGAUAGCCAGGUGCAAAAUGUGCCUGGCGCCUGGCUAAUUCUGAACAGGUUGGAGGCAGAUUCCAGGCCAGUCCACGGGCAGAGAGGUGACCCCCCUGAGGGAUAAGGGGUCCUCAGCCAUCUAGGGCUUUUAGAGGUUGAAACAAACAAGAAACUUAACUGGGUAACCAGCGCAGUUUAGGCAAUAACUGGUGCAAUACACUCAGACCUUCUAAUCCUGCUUAUUAAUCCCGGUAGCCAAAUUCUGCGCGAUUGGGUUAUCUCCAAGGGCAGCCCCACGGAGAGUGAUCUGCAGUAAUCUAGCCAAGAAGUUACCAGAGCAUAGACAGUGGAGGUUAGGGUCAGUGGUGGUGGAAGGCGCAAGUGGGUCCAGAAGUACUUGUCCUCCUCUGAAGAAAGGUCCUCCAUUAACAACAACAACAACAACAUUAUUUUGGAGGUCCCAGGUCUCAAGGUGGUUAGGUUGGUCUCAACUAGGGCCAGGGCCUUUUCAGUACUGGCCCCAACCUGGUGAAACGCUCUGCCCCAAGAGACCAGGGCCCUGCGGGACUGGACAUCUUUCCGCAGGGCAUGCAAGACAGAGCUGUUCCGCCUGGCCUUUGGUUUGGACUCAGUCUGACCCUUACGUUUCCCUCCCCUUAUGGUUUUGAUCUAUGGGCUACUUUUCAAACGAGGCUGCAUUUUAAAUUGCAUUUUAACCUGUACAGUCGUACCUCAUGUUACGUUUGCUUCAUGAUACGUUUUUUCAGGUUGCGUCCCACGGCGACCCAGAAGUACCGGAAAGGGUUACUUCCGGGUUUCGCUGCUCAUGCAUGCGCAGAUGCGCAAAAUGAAAUUACGCGCAUGCGCAGAAGCGGCGAAUUGCAACCUGCAUGUGCGCAGAUGUGCCCCUGCGGGUUGCAUUCUCCUCUGAGGUACCACUGUCUUUUAAAUUGGUUCCUCCCCUCCCAUUAUGUUUUUACUGUAAUUUUACUGGUGUUAGCCGCCCUGAGCCUGGCUCUGGCCGGGGUAUAAAUAAAAUUUAUAAUAUUAAUAAUAAUAAUAUAAUAAUAAUAAUACCCCACACAUCUGACAGGGUUGCCCCAGCCACUCUGGGCGGUGGAUGACCAGUUUAACCCAGAAACGCUGGAUAAACGUUUCUGUGUUUUUAGGUGGCUGGGGAAUUAGGGAAGGAGGGUUAUCUGCUGGCCUGCUGCCAAAAUUCUGGCUUUUGGAGAAGGGACUUUUAAUAUUUAUUGGCUGGGUGGUGAGGGGGGAGGGGGGGUCUGGCAACGCUUGCUUUAUAGACACAACAGGCUGCGGGCAGGAAAUUAUUCCAGUCAACACACAAACAUUUGAAUUAGUCCUGGAAAAAGAUCAACUGUGCUAAACGCAGCUCCGGAAUCUCCCCACCAGCUGAAAUGCAGAAUUUCAAGAGUGCAUGAACACACACAAAACACAAUCGUGGCACGUUUUUAUUCCUCUGUUCAUUUUAUAUACAGUAGUACCUCGGGUUAAGUACUUAAUUCAUUCCAGAGGUCUGUUCCGGAGUACGGUUUCUGUUCUAAUCUUGAAGCAAAGUUCUUAACCCGAGGUACUAUUUCUGGGUUACAGAGUCUGUAACCUGAAGCAUAUGUAACCCGAGGUACCACUGUACAGUCAUACCUCGGGUUACAGACACUUCAGGUUGCGUUUUUUUAGGUGACGGACCGCCGAAACCUGGAAGUCCCGGAACGGGUUACUUCCGGGUUUUGGUGGUCACGCAUGCGCAGAAGUGCCGAAUCGCAACCCACGUGUGCACAGACGUGCAGCUGCGGGUUGCGAACAUGCGUCCCGCACGGAUCACGUUCGCAACGCGAGCAUCCACUGUAUAGCAUAAUUUUAGCCAAAGCUUUCUUUAAAGACUAUAUAUGGUCAUUUCCCCUGCCUGUAUAUUUUUAAAUUCUUAACAACAACCUUGCGAGGUGGGACCAGGUGGAAAAGAGGGAGGCUGACCGUCCCCCCCGAGGUCGCCCAACGGUCUUCAGAUGUUGAGUGGUGAUUCGAACCCGGGCCGCGGUCUUUGGUUUUGGUGUGUUGUUUGCCCCCUGCUUUUGCAGCCACAACACUGAAAACAAAACGGCUGGCUGCAAGGACGGCGUGGGAAAUUGUCAGAUAUUGGAAGCCCGGUAAAACAGAUAAAAAAUGCGUAGCCUAGAAAUAAGGCAGCAAUCCAUCAAAGGAGUGUUAGAAACUGCGGUAGAAAAGCUAGGAGCCAAAUGGGGUUGCGGGUGCCAAAACAGAAUGUCUAGUCGCCAUUUGGGGGGUGGGUCGACAACACUUUUUAAUUAUUAUUUUGAUAAGCAUGAACUAAUAUACAAUUCACAUAAGUGACACAUUGUUAAUAUCACAUUUUUAGCGGAAAUUGUUAAUACAGUGGUACCUCGGUUUAAGAACAGUCCUGUUUAAGAAUGAUUCGGUUUACAAACUCCGCAAAACCAGAAGUAGUGUCCCGGUUUGCAAACUUUACCUCUGUCUAAGCACAGAAUCCAAACGGUGGAAGGGCACUGGCAGCGGGAAACCUUAUUAGGAAAAGUACGCCUUGGUUUAAGAACAGUUUUGGUAUAAGAACGGACUUCCGGAAUGGAUUAAGUUCAUAAACCAAGGUACCACUGUACAUGUUUAAUUUGGUGUUUACAAUAUUGACACCAUACUUCUCUUUAUUGUCAAACUCCUUAACAUAUUGUCUAUUUUUAACAUGUUUCAAGGCUUCAAAGCACAUACAUUUUAGUAAUCCUUGAGUGUCAGCCACACACAAAAAAUAGCACCCAGGUUUUUUGAGGUGCUUGCAAAUUUUGAAUCUAAAGGCGUCUGGCGCCCUGCUAAUUUCAAACCUUGCAUCAAAGCAAUUAAUUGCAGCGCAGUGCAAACUCAGUAGUGAUUUGGAAUAAUCAGGAAUGGCUGCUGAACACCAGCUCAGUCAGGAGAGCAUGAAACUCUUAAUUUCAGGGUCCUGGGUUUGAGUCCUACACAGGGGGCUGGACUAGAAGACCCUCGUGGCCCCUUCCUACGCCGCAGUUCUAUGAUCUACACUAUGCAUUUAAAGCGGGAUCACGCCACGUUAAACACUUGCAGCUUCCUGCAAAGCAUUCUGGGAGUUGUAGUUUGCUAAGAGAAGCAGAGAGUUUUGUUUUUUUUAAUGAUAUUUAUUAAAGUUUCAAAAGAAGGGUACAUAAAUAAGAAAGAGAAAAAUAGAAAAAAGAAAAAUACAAAAUACAGAAAAAAAACAAUUAAAAACAAUUCCAUCUUUUCAUCACUUCUCUUACAUUUACUUGUUUCCCGGACCUCCUCAUACCUCCCUUUUUUGUAUUCCAGUUCAAUUUAUUAGUCCAGCAAUUCCUUUCCCUCCUUUUUAAUCCUGAUCUUUCAUCUUAAUAUAUUAUAGCAUUAGGAUUUUACGUAUUGAAAAUCCAAUUUUUCCAUAUGAGAAGCAGAGAGUUGUUGGGAGACCCCAUAUUCCCCUCCAUGAGCUAUAACUCCCAGAGUUGUAGAACGAUUAUCAAACCACUCUGGGAACUGUAACUCUGGGAGGAGGAUAGAGCGUCUCCUGACAACACCCACAGCGCUACAAUUCCCAGACGAUUAACUUAUACAGACAUACCUCGGGUUACAGACGCGUGAGGUUGCGUGUUUUCAGGUUAUGGAUGUGCCGAAACCCGGAAGUACCAGAAUGGGUUACUUCCGGGUUUCGGUGCAUGUGCAGAAGCACUAAAUCGUGCUUUGCGCAUGUGCAGAAUCGCAACCUCUGCGUGCUCAGGCAUGGCGCUGCGGGUUGCGAACGUGCCUCCUGCACGGAUCACGUUCGCAACCCAAGUGUCCGCUAUAUCCAUGUUCCUUACACCAGACGGCUGAUACGAUUACGGUGGUCCCUCAGGUUAAGAACUUAAUUCGUUCCGGAGGUCCGUUCUUAACCUGAAACUGUUCUUAGCCUGAAGCACCACUUUAGCUAAUGGGGCCUCCCGCUGCCACUGCGCCGCCGGAGCACGAUUUCUGUUCUCAUCCUGAAGCAAAGUUCUUAACCCAAGGUACUAUUUCUGGGGUGGCGGAGUCUGUAACCUGAAGCAUAUGUAACCUGAAGCGUAUGUAACCCGAGGUACCACUGUACUAUUAACAUUUGUGGACAGCCUUUCAUUGGCAGAUUUCGGGGCGGUUUGCAACAUAAAAACACGCAAACCUGGCUCCAUGACCGCUAUACUUUUUGUGUUGAUAACAGGAAAAAAACGAAAAUGGGUUGCUGGUUUCUUUUGCUGGUGGAGGGGAGAAAAUGUGUCUGAAACUGGACGGAGACUUCUGCAAGAGUCGCAGCUCCCUGCAAGCUCUCGGGGACAGCUGAUAUAUUUUGCGUUUGUAACACAGCGCAGAACGUGGCACAUAUUAGCCGUGUGCGCAUGGAUUUGUGGAGGGGCCAGUUUUCCCUCCUGGGCAGCCCCACUCUUAGCCAAACCUUCGCCGCCAGCGCUGCCGUGGUUCUGCCGGCACCGUGGUUCCGCUCGUCUGUUUAUGAUGUGGCUUCCUUUUCCCCCAGAGCCCGGCCUCCUCCUCCUCCUCCUCCUCCUCUUUGACGUAGAGUCGGCCGAUGCGCUCGCUAGGUCUCUGAGAACUUGCUUGGUGGCGCUUCCUCCCUCCUCUCCCCGCCUGCUUUCGGCAGUCAAACCAGGAAAUAGAAAAAGAGUCUCCGUUUGCUGGGUUGGAGAGAGAGACAGAGAGAGACACACACGGAAGCGUUUCUCCAGGCUGUUCCACGGCAAGGUUUUUCUUUUCCCCCCUCCCUAAGAAAAACCACGCUUGUGCAAAUCGGGAGAUAGAGAUUUAUAUUUGGGGAAAUUGCAGCCGCCUCUCUGGAGACAAGGAAGGAGAAGCAGGAGGGUAAGGAAGCUGGAAAAUGUGUGUUAAACACACCGUGGGAACAAGUUGGACUUCUGGUUCUGGUUUGGAGUCCCAGGAUCCUGCUUCCAUGGGUCACCUGGGUGCCGUGGGGAUGCUCAAGGGGGGGGGGACCCCUGGCCCUUUUGCCUGUUCUCUGCUUCCUCCCAGCGUCUUGGAGUGUAGGAUUUGCACCCCCUCCUGUUCUGUCUGUGUUUACCUGAGCUCAAAAACUUGGCAAUUUCCUGGUAUCUUCAAUCUUGGGGAGAACUUUGGACGUGUGAGGCUAUUGGGCGGCAGCAGUGUUUGUUCACAGGAUCCGAAAAGCUACCCUUCCGCAUCGAAAACAUCGAAAACAUCAACGUUCCCAUCCCUUUGUCAUGCUAGCUUUCCCCUGGCGAGACAUUAUUUUAUUCCCGGGCUUAACCUCAUUUUUAUUUCCUUGUGUGUAGAAAGCUAGUCCUUCAGCAGCCCUGUCUCCUUGACACGCUGGCUUUCCACUGGCAAGACGUCAGAACUUUAUUUAAGAACAAAAUUAACCCUCUUUAGCUCCCCCUUUAAUUAGGAUGAGCCCGCCUUCCUCCGCCUCGCUGGCAGUCGCUUGGGAGUUUACUGCCAUUUCUCCCCUCUUUAAGAGAGGCCUCUCCUAAUCCAGAUUAACAGGGCACCUUUUUAAAAACUGGGUGUUUUGGUUCUUUGGGGGGAAAUUCCCCCCUGCCCCUUCCACCAGCCAUAACCCUCUUCACUUAUUCUUAUUCUUAUUAUUGAUUGUGAAAUGCUUCCCUAAGGGAGAAAAUCAAAACUGCAAUUCUGGACUAUAGUUUCCUGGGAUCGUGAGCGCAGUUGCGUUCCGAGGGGCUUCUUGAGAAAGCGAUGGCGCUGUGAGAUACUUAGUGCACAACUAACCUGCGGAACUCUCUGCUGCUGUGGUCAGCAGUGAACACCAACCUUGGAUGGCUUUGCGAGAGGGUUGGACAAAUCUGUGGCUGUUGAUGGCUACUACUACUACUACUAACAAUACUAGCCACUAGGCCUCUGCUCUGCCUCCAGGGCUGGGGGAACAGAUGCUUCUGAAAGCCAGUUGUUGUGGGAUGGAACGGAGCUCUUGCACCCAGGUCCGUUUCGGCCCCUGCAACUGAGGUUUCAGGGGCCGUUUGGCAAUGAACUUCUAUACCGUGGUACCUCUGGUUACAUAUGCUUCAGGUUACAGACUCCGCUAACCCAGAAAUAGUACUUCGGGUUAAGAACUUUGCUUCAGGAUGAGAACAGAAAUCGUGAGGUGGUGGAGGGAGGCCCCAUUAGCUAAAGUGGUACCUCAGGUUAAGAACAGUUUCAGGUUAAGAACGGACCUCCGGAACAAAUUAAGUACUUAACCCGAGGGACCACUGUUCCUGAAAUAUAACUCUGUGCAUGCUUGUUUCGCAUGCUAACCAGCCUUCUGUUCCCCCUCCAGCUCGGACGUGAAGCGUUGCCGCAAGAUAGCCGCUCUCAAUCUCCCCCUUGCCGCCAUGUCGCCGUUUUCGGAGAGCAGCCCGCUGCAGGCGCCGGAAGGAACCCCCACGGCCCCUUCGAGGAGAGGACCCCCGGCCCACUAGCGCGGCACAUGCGGGUGACGGUCCGCCCCCUGGUGCCCUCCCCUCCUCCUCCUCCUCCUCUACCCGGGAUGGUUUACUGACCAAGAAAAGAGAACCGGCGUUUUCGACCUCCUUUUCCUCUUCUCUCGCUUUCGUGCUCCCCUUCCCCUCCUUCCCCUGACCCCCCUACCCCGCCCUCUCCCCGCCCUGACCCCCCAGCCGUCCCCUGCAACGUUUCGGCCCUCGGAUUUGCAUGGCAGCAGCGUAACCGUGGAGAGGCCAGGGUAUCACAAACUUAUGGAUUUUGAUAAGAGAGGAGGCAAAGGGGACGCGGAGGAAGGGCGAAGGAUGUCUAAGACAGGGAGCAGCCGCAACACGCACGGGAGCCGGACGUCCGGGACCAACUCUGGAGUCUUAAUGGUCGGCCCGAACUUCCGUGUCGGGAAGAAGAUCGGGUGUGGGAACUUUGGGGAGCUUCGACUAGGUGAGUCUCUGCACCUUCCUGUCCGUGGCCUGUUUUCAAAUUCCAAGAAAAAAGCACACCAAGAACUCAGGCUGAUGUAAUUUUCAGUAGUGGGAGUGGUCCCUACUCGCAAGUCAAUGUUGUUGUGUCCGCCUCUUCGUGACCCCCUGGACCAGAGCACGCCAGGCACUCCUGUCUUCCACUGCCUCCCGCGGUUUGUUCAAACUCAUGCUGGUAGCUUCGAGAACACUGUCCAACCAUCUUGUUUUUGUUUUUUUUAAAUGAUAUUUAUUAAAAUUUCAAGAAAAAGAUUACAUUGAUAAGAAAAAUAACAAUAGAAAAAAGAAAAAUACAAAGUGCAAAAAAAAAAAUUAAAAACAAUUCCAUCUUUUCAUCACUUCUCUUACAUUUACUUAUUUCCCGGACCUCCUCAUACCUCCCUUUUUUGUAUUCCAAUUCCAUUUAUUAAUCCAGCAAUUCCUUUCCCUCCUUUUUAAUCCUGAUCUUUAAUCUUAAUAUAUUAUAGCAUUAGGUUUUUACGUAUUGAAAACCAAUUUUUCCAUAUUCUUUUAUACCAUUACAGCUAGAAACCACUUAACUUCAAUCCAACAUCAUUCUAACAUUCAUGAAUUUUACAUUAUUUCUGUAAAUAGUCUUUAAAUUUCUUCCAAUCUUCUUCCACCGACUCUUCUCCCUGGUCUCGGAUUCUGCCAGUCAUUUCUGCCAAUUCCAUAUAGUCCAUUACCUUCAUCUGCCAUUCUUCCAAAGUGGGUAGAUCUUGUGUCUUCCAAUGCUUUGCAAUAAGUAUUCUUGCUGCUGUUGUAGCAUACAUAAAGAAAGUUCUGUCCUUCUUUAACACCUGUCCAACCAUCUUGUCCUCUGUCGUCCCCUUCUCCUUGUGCCCUCCAUCAUUCCCAACAUCAGGGUCUUUUCCAGGGAGUCUUCUCUUCUCAUGAGGUGGCCAAAGUCUUAGAGCCUCAGCUUCAGGAUCUGUCCUUCCAGUGAGCACUCAGGGCUGAUUUCCUUCAGAAUGGAUAGGUUGGAUCUUCUUGCAGUCCAUGGGACUCUCAAGAGUCUCCUCCAGCACCAUCGCAAGUCAAUAGUCAAUAGUAACAAAAACUAAUCCAUUCAAAAGUAGGUAUUCUGACAAGGAUUACAAACUCAAAUAGAGAUUACAAACUCAGACUCAUAAAAAUAUGUAGAACCCUUUAAAAAUUAGGUAAGGAACCAAAUGUUAUAUAAUACUGUUUUACAGAUUAUAAUUUAGGAUAAUUUAGAAUUUAAAUGUAUUUUCAUGUAAUAUUUGAUACUUCCAGCUGAUGAAGGUGAAUACAUCGAAACAGGACCCUUUCCUGAUUUCUAAUCCAUAACUGACUUCUGACUUCUGCUCAGUGAUUGAAACUAAGACCUCCACGACGAAUCUGAUGAUGGACUAACAUGAACUUAUCUCUACUCAUAAACUCUUCUCUCUAAUUCUGUAACAAAUUAUUGUGUUAUACAUAUUUUUAUGAGUUUGAGUUUGUAAUCUCUGUUUCAGUUUGUAAUCCCUGUCAGAAUACAUACUUUUGAAUGGAUUAGUUUUUGUUACUAUUGACUAUUGACUUGCGAGUAGGGACCACUCCCACUGUUGAAACUUACAUUGGCCUGAGUUCUUGAUGUGCUUUUUUCUUGGUAUAUUUAAUAACAAGAACUCCCAACUGUUUUCAAAUUCCACCCUGCUUUCUGAACGCAAUGCAUUCCCAGGAAAUGGUUUGCUAAAUGAGCUGGCUGACGAUUCCCAUUAUUUAUAGGGACAUUUGAUGCAUGCUUUCUGUCCCAAACUGUUGCAGACCCCCCAGCGAAAGUCAAACAAAUGGGAGGAACCUGGUACGUCUCGUUUCUUCUGCUCCCUGGUUUGUUCCAACUCUCUCCCUCCCUUUGUGGUUUCUGCCCGAAAAUGGCUUCCGCUGACCAGCGAAACACAAGCAGGUGUGGAAGUGGGCACACUCUGGCGGUUCGGAUAUCUGAAUCAGCCACUCGUGUAUCAAGGUUUGGGUAUAAUUACUUAACUGAGAUUUUGGAUAACAGGCCUUUCCUGCUAGUGGGAGCUGUGUGUGUAUAAAAUGGGGAGGAUGAUUAGAACGACGGGUGAAAAUGAAAAGGUGAGAGGCCAAACUCUGAAGCAGGUACACAGAAUGAAUACAGUUGCACAUGGGUUGAAAUAGCAGAGUAAAGAAUCUCAGCGUAAUGUGAUGGUCAAGUAUAAAUCCCAAUCUGAUAGGCCCACAGUGAGGGUUGUCUUGGAAAUUAUGGUUCCACAGUGAAUACGAAAUCAUAUAAAAAGUGCCCUCAGGUUCUAGGUCUUGUUGAAAUCUCAGAUUGCUCAUGAUUUUCUCCUUUACGGCUACAUUAAUAAUAAUAAUUUUAUUAUUUAGAUGUUGCUCCAGCCACUCUGGGGGGCUCCCAACUAAGUAUUAAAAACACAAUAAAACAUCAAGUGUCAAAAACUUCCCUAUACAGGGAUGCCUUCUGGUGUCUUCUAAAAGUCAGUUCUUUUAUCUCCUUGACAUCCGACAGGAGGGCGUUCCACAGGGUGGGCGCCACCACCGAGAAGGCCCUCUGCCUGGUUCUCUGUAACCUCGCUUCUUGAUUGGGGUGGAGACGCUCCUUCAGGUAUACUGGGCCAAGGCCGUUUAGGUCUUUAAAUGUCAGCACUAACAAUUUGAAUUGUGCUUGGAAACGUACUGGGAGCCAGUGUAGAUCCUUUAGGACUGGAGUUGUAUGGUUCCAGUCACCAGUCUUGCUGCCACAUUCUGGAUUAGUUGUAGUUUCCGAGUCACCUUCAAAGGCAGUCCCACGUAGAACGCAUUGCAGUAGUCCAGGCGGGAGAUAACCAGAGCAUGGACCACUCUGGCGAGACAGGGAGCGUCUCAGAUGGAGCUGGUAGACAGCUGCCCUGGACGCAGAACUGACCUGCGCCUCCAUGGACAGCGGUGAGUCCAAAAUGACCCCCAGGCUGCACACCUGCUCCUUCCGGGGCACAGUUACCACUUUCAGGACCAGGGAGUCCCCCACACCUACCUGCCCCCCAGAAACAACACUUCAAUCCGUUAGCCACCAUCCAUCCUCCAACCACCUCCAGACACUCACACAUCCCAGAGUGGGCAUCUCUUGCAAGAUUUCGGGCUGUUUCCCCGUUGAGUUGCAAUUGCCAGUCAAACUGCCCAGAUCCUUCUGUUGCAGCCACCGCAGCCGAGGUUUCAGGUGGCAUUUGGCAAUUAGCUUGCGUAUCUGAGUUUCUAACGCUGUGAUCCUGCCGCCUAGCUGAGCACCAGCAAUGUUUGCAGACCCUGGCAGCACCAGUCUGUUUCCCUGGGAGGAUUCGUCCCGGGUGCCAGCUGGAGAAUAGCCGCUCUCCAUUGCUCUGCUGCUAAGGCUAUAUUUUCCGCUACAUCCUCCCAAAUGCCAGGGAUUAUCUCUCCUCCUUUAUCCUCUGCCACCCGCAGGCGCAGCCUCUCGUUCCGGCCACCCCCUGGCAGACAGACAGACAGAUCUCCGCUCAGCUGGAGCUCCCACCCUCUGAUUUAUUUAUUUUUUGCUCCUGCAUUCGCUCCACCCCGGCCCAGAUCCAUAGCUGUCAACGCUUCCCCUUUUUAAAGGCAAAUUCCCUUAUUCCGAAUAGGAUUCCUCUCAAGAAAAGGGAAAAGUUGACAGCUAUGCCCAGAUCAGAUUUCCUUUUCCGGGUCGUGUUCCUCAAAGACGUGGUAUUUUGAAUGUCGCACUCAUCAGUUCCCCAACCCCGCAAAAACCCCAGCUUCUAGACUUGAAAGCAAUCAUAGAAUCAAAGAAUCGUAGCUUUGGAAGGGACCUCUGAGGGUCAUCCAGUCCAACCCCCUGCAACGCAGGAAUCAACAGCUCAAGCAUCCGUGACAGAGGGUCACUGAGAUAUCUGUGGCCAUGGGAUUGAGCAGGAUUUUUCAAAAAUCUGGUGUGCCUGGGCAGAGAGUAGCAUUAUUCUCUGUACAAAUUAAAUUUCUGCAAACUCUAAAAGUUUGUAGACCUUAAAAUAAGGCAGCCCACUGCGAACUGAGCUGAAUUUUACAGAAAAUGAGUUCUGUCUGUGUGUGUCGGUGUCAGUGAACAUAUGCAAAUUAAAUUUAUACAGAAUCAAAAGUUUCUGGAGCUUUUAGACUGAAGGCAUUCCACACAGUGAAGUAGCAGCCGCUGAGGAAUUGUGUAGGAUUUUUCAAGAAGGUGUAUGUGCUUGCAAGGAGCGUGGCUGUCUUUGCGUAAAUUAAAUUACUACAAAAGUUUUUAGACCUUAAGACUAAACACACAAGACCCAGCAAAAUAUCCACAGGACUGAGCAGAGGAGUUCUAGUCGCUAAUAAUAAUAAUAAUAAUAAUAAUAAUAAUAAUUAUAAUUAUAAUUAUAAUAAUUAUACCCCACCCAUCUGGCUGGGUUUCCCCAGCCACUCUGGGCUGCUUCCAACCAAAUAUUAAAAACAGUACAGCAUCAGAUUUUAAAAACUUCCCUAAGCAGGGCUGCCUUCAAUUGUCCUUUAAAAGUAAAAUAGUUGUUUAUUUCUUUGACAUCUGCUGGGAGGGCGUUGCACAGGGCAGGUGCCACUACCAAAAAGGCCCUCUGCCUUGUUCCCUGUAACCUUACUUCUUGUAUAGUUGCUUUCCCUGUGCAAAACAAACUUUAUGCAAACGGAUGGCAUCAUCCAUGUUGCAAAUAUAGGUUAUGACCCUUGUACUUUUAAUUCCACUUCCCUUUUAAUUUGCAUACCUCCUUUCUAUAUUGCCCGGCCUAUAGAUUUGAGUUUCUAACAGCGCGGGCAUCAUAUUUUUGUCCUAUUUAUUUAUAAACACACACCCACACCCAUUUUUUUUGGAAACCUGCUUUCUCCUCCUCCGGUGGUUUUUUCCAGUCUGUCUCCAAGGGUGGCCCCACGGACAGAGCAUUGCAGCAGUCCAGCUUGGAAGCGCCCAGGCGGCAAACAAGGUGGCCCCCUCCCAGCACUGCUGGACUACAGCUCCCACCGGGCAGUGUGGGAAAUAGCAAAGGACAAUGGGAGUUGUAGUCCACCACCACCACCAAAACCUCCAUGGAAGGGGCAGAACUGGCGGGUGCCCAGAAUCCUUUGCAACACAGAGAGGUUCUGUGGCUGUUUUAUGGGGCGGAUUGGGAUGGGCAAGCAGGCAAAGUUAUUUUGCCCCGUGGGAAUUUCUUUCCGGAGAAAGCGGGGGGCACACGUCAUAUUUCCUCUUGGCGGCAGUGAUGAGCCCCAGCGCAAAAGCUUCCCUCUGCCGGACGCCCUUGAAAUCGGACCCUCGAGGUCCGUAUUCUUUCAUUUCCUUUAUUUUUAUUUUUUAAAUUAAAUGCUUGGAACGCCUCUGGAACAGGAAAGGUCAGGAGGGAUGCAAAGCGCUGAUGCCCGGGAGCAGGUGCGAGAGAGGAGGGGGGGAGAUUUGCACGUACGAAAGCCACAAGGACAAAUUGUUUUGAGGGGGACAGCGAAGGAACGUUCGGCUAUUUCACCGUGACCUCAUAGCAUUCCUUGCCCUCCGCUCAGGAAGGGACAGGCUGCCAGCUUUCCAUGGGGCCAGCGGAGAAUUGGAAAUUUGUCCCCCACCCCUUGACACAUUGAGAAGCACCUGUUGAUCGUGCAAAGCCUUCCGCUCUCUAGCAGAGGAGGCUGAGCGGAGCGUCUCUGUGUGAGUUGCUGUUCCUGAGCUGUUGCUCCUCUAAUUAAUUAAUCAAUUUUGCUGCUUUAAAAUGUGGAUUUUUUUAAUUAAAAAAUUGUAUUUAUGCAGUUAUUUUUGUAACCGUGAAAAACAACUUGGAUACUUAUUUAUUGCAUUGUAUAUCAAUAAUAUAUAUCAAUAUCACUGCGGGAGGCAGUGGAAGACAGGAGUGCCUGGCGUGCUCUGGUCCAGGGGGUCACGAAGAGUCGGACACGACUAAACAACAACAACAAAAUAUCAAUAAUAAUAAUAAUAAUAAUAAAUUAUUUAUACCCCGCCCAUCUGACUGGGUUUCCCCAGCCACUCUGGGCAGCUUCCAACAGAAUAUUAAAAUACAAUAAUCUAUUAAACAUUAAAAGCUUCCCUAAAAGCUUCAAUUGCCUAUUAAGUACAGUGGUACCUCAGGUUACAUACGUUUCAGGUUACAUACGCUUCAGGUUACAGACUCCGCUAACCCAGAAAUAGUACCUCGGGUUAAGAUGAGAACAGAAAUUGCACGGCGGCAGCGGCAGCGGCAGCGGGAGGCCCCAUUGGCUAAAGUGGUGCUUCAGGUUAAGAACAGUUUCAGGUUAAGAAUGGACCUCCGGAACGAAUUAAGUACUUAACCUGAGGUACCACUGUAUUUUCUUAAUUUUACUUUAUUUUUUAAGCGGUGUAAACUGCAUGGAGAUUCCUUUUUGUUGCACUGUGCAUACAUUAUCUUUUUUAAUUUUUAAAAAUAUGCCGUGCUGUCUAUUCCUAUGCUUCGCUUCAUGUUUUGAUUACUAUGCUCAGUAAAAUGUGGUUUUGAUGUUGUACACCACCCUGAGAUCUUUUGGUGAAGGGUGGUAUAGUAACAACAACAACCACGAAUGAUGGUGAUAUUUUUUAUACCCCACCCAUCUGACUGUGUUCCCCAGCCAUUCUGGGCAGCUUCUAACAUAUAUAAAAACAUAAUAAACAUUGCAAAACUUCCCUAUACAGGGCUUCUUUCAGAUGUCUAAAGGUUGUAUAGUUACUUAUCUCCUUGACAUAAAUCUCCUUGAAUAAAUUAUUACAAUUUAUUUGAUUUAUAUAUCCCCCUUUUAAAUCCCAGGACGGUGUACAUUAAAAACACAUAUGAUGGAAUCGUGAUGUGUGUGUGUGUGUGUGUGUGCGCUAUGUAAAAACCAUAAUGUGGAAAAAACUGUGAAGCCAGCCAAUGCCUCUACAUAACUCCAUCCUUAUUUCAGACAUUGUGAUAUAUCAGUAUAUUGGUCUAUCAUGAUGUUUAGCUGGUGAUAUAUCACAAUGUUGAAAACCAGAUAUCGCCCAGCCCUACCACCACCCUCUCUCGAGCUUUAGCAGGCCAUAGAUUAGUUAAUGGCCAAAGAGGACUGCUUUUCCUUGGUACCUAAAGACAUGUAAUGAAGGCUCCAGGCAAGCCUCUCUGGAGAGAGCAUCCCACAGACAGGGAGCCACCACCAAAAAGGCCCCGCUUUCGUGUUGCCACCCUCUGAACCUCUUGGGGAAGGAGGACAUGUGUGAUGGUCUGGGACUCUGGCUCGGACUCGGAACCAGAGGAGACUCAGUCCGCAUCAGAUCCUUUGCCUCAGGCAUCACCUGAACUGAGUCUGGGGACUGAUCCUGAAGAGUCCCAGUCUGCACAGGUUCCCCUGCAACAAGCACCAGCUGGGCCGAGUCAGGGGCCUGAGCCUGCCCUGGCUCCAGAUGCGGGGAUGACCUCGUUGCCUUCAGCUGGGCCAUCACUCACAGCUGCUCCACUACCGGUUGGGUCAGGGGAGGCUGAGGCGGCCUCUGGGUCUAGUAACCCACCGACGUCUCCCGAGCUGCAGAGACUCAGGUCUGAGAGAAGGAGAGACCUGAGUACUCGCAGGAGGAGUGCUCGCCUUCGGGCGAAACAGGGAGGGGAGUUACUGGGGGAUCAGGACCGGCCGCUACCCCGACAAAGAUAAAAGGCUGACGGACCCUGCCCCAGGUUGCGGGAGCAACGUUGCUGUGUGCCAGAUCCUGUACCUGUCAUUGCCUGGUUUCCUGCCUCGUGUCCUGCCAUGGCCCUGUCGGACUGACACCUAGCAGAACCUUUGGAUUCUGGACCGGACCUGGACUGCGAUUCUCGGGUUACCCCCGGGUCCAGCACAACAUGUUAUUAUCGUUCAUGGGAUUUAGAUUGUGCUUUGCCUCCCCAAGGAGCCCAACAGGGGCAAGCGGACACGCCGUAUAAAAGCGAAAAACGCUCAGAACAUUGCAAAAGCCGAUUGCCAUCUGCAAACAUUCCAAAAUCAGGUUGCAGUGAAAAGCCUUUUCCCCUCGGAUGAUCUCGGGGGGGUUUCCAGGAAGAGGCUUUCUUCCGCCACCAAAUGCCUGGGUUAAACCGGAAUGUUUUCAAAUUCCCACGCUUCUUUUUCCUAAGUCUGGGGUUGUUCUGCUGGGCUUUGCUCAGCUCUGUUUAAGGGAUUUCACAGACGCCUGCCCGCCCCCCGCAAAAUUGAUGCUGCAAAAUAGUUGCUCACUGCUGCUCACGGCUUGUGUAAAAUUGCCAAAUAACUUAAUCCCGCGUUUGCUUCUUUCCUCCUCCUGCCAAAACCAUUUUCCUUUCAUGCUGUGUACUUUUAGAUUGUAAGCCCAAAAGGCAGGAUCUGUUUCUCUCUCUCCUCUUUUAAGUGGUCUGUAAUCUACUUUGGGAGCUUUCCUUGGUGGGAGGAAACUAUUUAAAUAACUGAAUUGGGUGCACAUUGGGCGAAGGAGAAGAAUUUUGGUUUGGGGAAAAGCAAUUAUGGGUUGCAGGGCUGGCAUACCAGUUCCUUAGAUGCCCGUUUUGUUUGAUGACAACCAAAUAUUGUAAACUAUUCCAUGAUGUCAAGAGUUUUUUCAGGCAGAAUACUCAAUGCGUCUGACGAGUUACUUUUAAGGCAAUUAUGCCACAGGCCAAAUGAAACAGAGGUAUCAAUCACACCCUUUACCUCUUGCAAGGAUUAUGUAAUCUGAGGUGCGGAAGAAGAACAAGAAAAGAAAAACUUGGAUAUAAUCAGGAAAUUUUGAAGGCAAUUGAAUAUGAUGACGCUAAUGUAUUCUUGGUGCAGAAUGUGAAUAAAUAUGUCAACUGGAUUUAGUAACUGGAAACCCUUUUUUAAAAAAGAAUUAGGAAUAUCAGGAGAAUGUGUUGCACUUUUUAUGAUCUUGAAAAGAUUAUUUAUAUGAAAAUACUUAUACUUUUUUUUCAAAAAAAGCAGUUUACAACAAAAAUACAGUAAAAGUAUACAAAAAACAAAACCCACAACGGCAUCAGUUCCACCUAGAACACCAUUUAACCAUUGUGGAAAAAAUGUAUUCUUAACUGCCUACAUAGGCCUGGCAGAAUAGACAGGUUUUCAGCAGGUGUUGAAUCUCAAGUGGCAGAGAGUUCUGCAGGGCUGGGCUGAUAACACUAAAGGCUUGGGUUCCUUGUUGUCAAAUGAACCUCAACAACCCUGGGAAUGAUCCAACGACGCUCCUGCAGGUAGUCUCAGCGAUCAAGCUUGGGCUAUGAGGCUUCAGCCGAGUCCUGAAAAGCUUUAAUUUUCAACCAUCUAUCUUAUUUUUGGAAUGGUUGUUAAGUGUCGAUAAACAUUGUGACGAAAGAUCUUUUCCCAUAAACUUCCAUGAGGUUUUUUUUGUUUUGUUUUGUUUUUUGGUGAUGCUGCAAAUUAUGGGUUGUCCUGCUCUAAGUAGACCCAUUGGACCAGAGUUGAGUCACACCCACCCAGUUUCAAUGGAUCUGCCCUGAGCAGGAUUUAGUUGGGCACAAUCCUAGCAUGGUAUGUUUUACCUAUUGAUAAGUCGUAUAUUUAAGUAUCGAUUCAAUUAAAUUUGCACAUUUUUUUAAAGGAUGCCUCUGUGCAGAUGAUGGGCUAAUUUUUCAACUGCUUUUAGGAUCUGCCUUCUUAGCUUAUUUUCAAAUGCAUUUGAGAAGAGCCACCACCUUCUGUGAUUAGAUGUGAUUUCUGUAUUUCAGGGGGUUAGACUAGAUGACUCUGGGGUUCCCUUUCCAGUUCUACAAUUCUGCGAUUCAGUGACAAACAAAUUAUUAACUGUAAGAUAAUCCUGGCAUUCCUGGUUAUUCAAAGCCAGCAAAAAGAAAAAGAAAAAGGCCCGUUUCACGAAUCGUUCACACUUGAUAGACUGCGUACCCAACUUGGUUAAAAGUUGUACUAAAUUAUUAAAAGUUAAUCAUUAUUUAUCAGUUAAUUUGUGUGUAAUUAGCAAGAGGUGCAGUACAGGAAUACGCAGCUGUCCCUGACAGGGAUCGAACCUGCGACUUUGGCAUUUAUCAGCACCAUGCUCUAAGCAACAGAGCUGUUCGCUUGGGCAAGAAACAUUAACACAACAAACAGAACAAAUUCCAGCCCACCAGAUACUUUAGAAUGCUGCUUUGAAUUUUUUUUUUUAAAUGAUAUUUAUUAAAAUUUCAAAGAAUACAAGAAUUACACAAAAACAAAAAAUAAAAAUACAAAAUGCUGCUUUGAAUUUUAAUCUGUUUUGGGUUUUUUUGUCUGUUGCCCAUUUUAAUUUCUUGAACGUUUCGAAUUAUUUUUGUUCGUUGUGUUUUAUCGAUGGUUUUAUUGUUUUGUCUUCCUUCGUAAGCUGCUUGUUUGUGAAAUACUGUAUUUUUCCGUGUAUAAGACUAUAUUUCUCCCCCCCCCCCAAUUUUUUAAGUUUAAAUUUGUGGGUCGUCUUAUACACGGAAUGUUGCAAUUAAUUAUUGCUUAAUUUUGGGCUCCAAAAAUAGUGGGUGUCUUAUACAUGGAAAAAAUAUGGUAAUAAUAAUAAUAAAACUUCCUCAGAACCGGAAGGGGAGAGGCACUCUGUACAUGCACGGCAACACCCUUAUCGUACAAUAGGCUUUUCAUUCCUUUAAAAGAGAGAGAUGCACUGGUUCUACCCUUAGUACCUGAUAACCAUGGUUUGGAAGAGAACACUUUUUAUUUAUUGGAUGUGAAAAAAGUGGGGGAGGAGCACGGUACAGUGGACGCUCGGGUUGCGAACGUGAUCCGUGCGGGAUGCACGUUCGCAACCCGCAGAAUUCGCAACCCACAUCUGCGCAUGCGCGGGUUGCGAUUCGGUGCUUCGGCGCAUGCGCAAAGUGCGAUUUAGCGCUUCUGCACAUGCGCGACCGCCGAAACCUGGAAGUAACCCAUUCCAGUACUUCCUGGUUUCGGCGGUCCGUAACUCAAAAAAACGCAACCUGAAGCGUCUGUAACCCGAGGUAUGACUGUAUUUGUGGACAGAAUAUUAAACAGUCAUACCUCAUGUUACGUUCUUUCAGGUUGCGUCCCGCGGUGACCCGGAAGUACUGGAAAGGGUUACUUCCGGGUUUCAUUGCUCGCUCAUGCACAGAAGCACAAAAUGACGUCAUGCGCAGAAGCGGCGAAUCGCAACCCGUGUGUGCGCAGACGCGCUGCUGUCAGUUGCGCUCUUUCAUGUUGCGAACGGGUCUCUGGAACGGAUCCCAUUCACAACCAGAGGUACCACUGUAAUCGCAACAGACAGUGAUACUUAAAUUGUAAAUUCCCUUUUUAAAAAAAGCAUUCGCAAGUGGGCUUAUACCAUCUUUUGCAGACAUAGGUCUCUCACAAAGAAUAAUGGAGUCGGAAGAGGGGCCUCCAGAGUCAUCUAGUCCAACCCUCUGCAAUGCAGGAAUUUUUUCACCCAAAAAUUUCUGGGAUUAACUGUCAUGGAAUUUUCUAGUGUGGAGAUCCUAAAUUGGGAUUUGCGUGUGUGUGUGUAAUUGUCUCUUUUUUUGACUAAAUUCUUUUCUUCUUCUUUUUUAAAAAAACCUUUCUUAUAGGGAAGAACCUCUAUACGAACGAAUAUGUAGCGAUCAAGUUGGUAAGUGAUCUUCCGAUAAUAGGUUGGUUCUCUGGGUUUGUCUGUUUUUAAACGGGGCUGUCUCUUCUUUCUCCCCAUCCUCAUCUUUAUGUAGGGACCAUUGUUUUUCAAAAUAUAUUAUUAUUAUUAUUAUUAUUAUUACCUGGUUGGCCACUGUGAGAACGGGAAGCUGAACUAAACGAGCCACUGGCCUGAUUGAGCAGGCAGACUGUGAUGUUGCCCCAUUUGCACCGGAAAAUAAAGGGAUUUUUGCAGCUCUCCAUUCUCUCUUCCUCUUCCUCUCUCCAGGAACCCAUCAAGUCCAGAGCUCCUCAGCUCCACCUGGAAUACAGGUUCUACAAACAGCUGGGAAAUGCAGGUGGGUAGCGGGCUGGCCGGUCUUGCACUCCUCACUCCCCAGAGGGGCUUCGGAAGAAGCCGUAAUAAGCGAAAAUCUGCCCUUACUCCCUUAUGGGGGACACAAGAGCCCUUAUAGAGUCCUUUGCAGGUUCUCCAUCAGUCGGACAGAGAACAGAGGCCAACCAGAGAAUAUUGAGAAGCAAAGCAGCUCGUAAGACUGGUUUUUAUUGAAUUAUUGCAAGAGGGUGCCCCUUUCACAUGCAGGAAAGGAGGAGGACCCAGAACCAAGGUGUGCUUGCCCUUAUAUAGACAUUUUAAAUUGCCCGCCCUGGAGUCCAAGACCACCCCCAGAGACAUUAUACCUACAUCACAGAAAGGGUGGUCUACAGCAGAAAUCUGAGUGCGUUGUUUACCACCUGUCUGGCAGGUUAACUGUUAAUGCUCACUUGAUUGGAUACCCUGGGGAGCCUGGCCAGUCUUUUGUAAUGAUAAAUACUUAGUUCCUGAGCCAGGUCAUAGGCUCACCCUAUUCAUUCAUACACAGACAUACCCUUAAGACAGGAUAUGUGAAGGAAAAGACAGCGGGGAGGCUUUUCCAUUUUCCUUUGACCUUGCAGAGAACUCACUUGGUCAGUUUGGGAGUCAAAAUGGUUUCCGGGCUGUUUUCCUGUGCUGCUUCAGACAUGUGGUUUAUAUAUUUAUGUACAUGUUUGCUUGGUACAUUUAUGAACAUUUGUUAUAUAUAUAUAUAAAGGUAAAGGGACCCCUGACCGUUAGGUCCAGUCGUGACCGACUCUGGGGUUGCGGCGCUCAUCUCGCUUUAUUGGCCAAGGGAGCCGGCGUACAGCUUCCGGGUCAUGUGGCCAGCAUGACUAAGCCGCUUCUGGCAAACCAGAGCAGCGCACAGAAACGCCGUUUACCUUCCCACCAGAGCAGUACCUAUUUAUCUACUUCACUUUGAGGUGCUUUCGAACUGCUAGGUGGGCAGGAGCAGGGACCAAGCGACGGGAGCUCAUACCGUCGCGGGGAUUCGAACCGCCAGCCUUCUGAUUGGCAAGUCCUAGGCUCUGUGGUUUAACCCAAAGCGCCACCCGCGUCCCUUGUUAUAUAUAUAUAUAAGACCUUAAUCCCCCCCCCCAAAAAAUGGGCACUAGUCCUUAUGAUGGUGCAAGGAGUGGCUUUGAAGGGAUGUUUUGCAACACAGCCUCCGGAACAGCUGUAAAGAUUUGAGACAGGUGUUUUCAGGGUGACCCUGGAGAAGACGGAAACUAAAAGACGAUGGGGCUACUUCCCCGCCCCCCCAGUGUUGAUUUUUUGACGUAAGCUGUGCUGCCGCCUUGCUCUUUUUCUCAGCCUUCACCUUCCCUGUCCGCAGGACGGGCGACAGUCGUGCUGGCCUACCUUCCAAGGCGUUUAUUAAGCGUUAAUAAUAUUGACAGCCUCUCUGCUGCUCUUCUUCUUCCGGUCGACGCCAGGCAGGGACGUUCCCUGAAUUCAGUUCCUCCCGAAAAUACGUUUGCUUAGGCAAGUCAACCCAGACCCAUGUCAGACGUUGACAUGUUUCAAUCUCUCGUUAAUUCUGCUGCUAAUUUUAAUGAUCUCUUAAAGCUCAAAGCCGACUUUUAACUCUCUUUCUGUCGAUAAUCUUAUUGCUCAGGUUUUGUUACAGCCAGCGGUGGGUGAAUUCUGUUAGGUAGAAGAUGUAAGUAAAAAUGAAAGAAGUCAAUACAAAUAAAAGAAGUCAAUAAAAAUGAAACUGUGUGUUGAUGGCCCUUAACCUUUUCACAACAGCACUUGGGGAACACACUGAGAUAACGGGACUCAAUUGUUAGUGAGAUUACUAUUUAACUUGUAAAAUGGGACUUAAAAGCCCAUUCUUUUUACAUCAUGGUCUUGGGGGCUGAAUCUAGGCAGCGUUAUAAACUCAGAUAUAUAAUAAGCUAGGUGCCAAACAUCUCCUUGAGCCAGGGUUACAGUCGCCAAAAGAGAAUGCCCCUUUUGGUCAAGGUGGCUCUAAAGUCUUAUUUUCCAAAUGAUGGACUGACUGUGAUGGAUUCUCAGUUAAAUAUCUGGCUAGUUCAGAAGACAACCUUGAGCCAGGUUAAGAGCUCUGAGAAUUUAAAAGAAGAAAAGUCACUUGAUCCAAAGACAGUCCACAUAUCUAUUGGACUGUUCUGACCUCUUUUUCAUAAUGGUGACUCAGACCAUUCAUAACGUAGGGGUAUAAUUCACAACCAUGAGAAGUGCAGUGGGGGAAGUGAAGAAAAGCAACAACAAUUCACUAUAAUGUCGUUCACUGCUUCUGCUCGGACUGCACAGAAAAAGCAUUUUGGUUCCUGAAAUUCAUUCCGAUUGUGCAGAUAAAAUAUAUUGGAGAGAAUUCUACAGGAGGGGGUGUUGGUGUUUGAAAACAGUCCAGAUCCAAGGAUCCCCAUCCUGGCACCCAGCCCUCUUCACCUGGUGGCCGAUAGCCAGGUGCAAAAUGUGAAUUUUAGACGCUACUCAUGAGGAAGCCUGCAUUGUAGUAGUAGUAGUAGUAAUAAUAAUAAUAAUAAUAAAUUUUAUUUAUACCCUGCCCUCCCCAGCCAGAGCCAGGCUCAGGGCGGCUAACAUCAAUAAAAUUUCAGUAAAAACAUAAUAAGAAAAGAAAAAGAAAUUAAAAUACAGGUUAAAAUGCAAUUUUUUUAAAAAAACCAAAAACCCAGAAAGUUCUCAGCCACAAGGAGCAUCCUGGAAAUUCAACCAAUCUUGAACUGAACCGAAAUUGUCCCUGACUCCACUUUGCGGUAUUCGUUUGAGAAGCUCUAGAGUUGUCCUCUGAACUGCCUUCCCUUCUUCUCCACAGAAGGGAUACCUCAGGUCUAUUACUUUGGGCCCUGCGGGAAGUACAACGCGAUGGUCCUGGAGCUGUUGGGACCCAGCCUGGAGGACCUCUUUGACCUCUGCGACCGGACCUUCACCCUCAAGACGGUCCUUAUGAUCGCCAUCCAACUGGUGAGCAGAGAACAACAACACCACGCUUUUUUGGAAGGACCCCGUGCAACACACCCCGAUGCCCUUGCCAACUCUGUAGAGGAAGUAGUAUGAUGCAUGGAACACGUUGGCGACUAAUAUACAGUGGUGCCCCGCAAGACGAAUGCCUCGCAAGACGAAAAUCUCGCUAGACGAAAGGGUUUUGCGUUUUUUGAGUCGUUCCGCAAGACGAAUUUCCCUAUGGGCUUGCUUCGCAAGACAAAACGUCUUGCGAGUUCAUGCGAGUUUGUUUCCUUUUUCUUAAAGCCGCUAAGCCGUUAAUAGCCGCUAAGCCGCUAAUAGCCGUGCUUCGCAAGACGGAAAAACCGCAAGACGAAGAGACUCGCGGAACGGAUUAAUUUCGUCUUGCGAGGCACCACUGUACAUACAAUAACUACCGAAAUAAUUAUACAUUCUUUAUCAAUCUUCUGAGAAAAAUACAAAACCUUGUGUAAAGCCACAGAGACUUAAGAUGAACUUACCGUGUCUGGUUUCAAUGGAUAUUUCAAAGGCUUAACUCAGUCUUUUGUUUUCUUUAUCUUUUUAGGUAAGUUCAUGAAGAUACCAACAAAGGGUAAGUUCGGUGUUGUUCACAAUACUGAGAGAUGCUAGUGAAGUUGUAGAUGGAUGUUAAUGAAGUUGUAGGCAGGGUGCCGGCGUUUUGCAUCCAUCUACAACCUCACUAGCAUCUCUCAGUACAGUGGUACCUCGGGUUAAGAAUUUAAUUUGUUCUGGAGGUCCGUUCUUAACCUGAAACUGUUCUUAACCUGAAGCACCACUUUAGCUAAUGGGGCCUCCUGCUGCCGCCGCCGCUACGCAAUUUCUCUUCUCAUCCUGAAGCAACGUUCUUAAUCCGAGGUACUAUUUCUGGGUUAGCGGAGUCUGUAACCUGAAGCGUAUGUAACCCGAGGUAUCACUGUAUUGUGAACAACACUGAUCUUACCCUUUGUUGGUAUCUUCAUGAACUUACCUAAAAAGAUAAAGAAAACAAAAGACUGAGUUAAGCAUUUGAAAAAUCCAUUGAAACCAGACAUGGUAAGUUCAUCUUAAGUUUAGGUGUCUAAUGAAGGUGCCAGAUAAGCCUCCCCGGGGAGAGCAUUCCACAAAUGGGGAGCCACUGCAGAUAAGGCCCCAUUUUCCUGUUGCCACUCUUUGGCUCUCAUGCGGAGGAGUCUGCAAAUGGGGAGCCGUUGCAGACAUGCGACCCCUGGAGUGUUGCCCAGUCUAAAAAACAACAGAUUUGCCUCCCCAUAAAAAUGCAUACAGGUGGAAGAAUGGAAUCCUUUUUCGGACAUGAGAUAUAAGCAACAGAAAGAAUUGGGGGUUAUUGAAUUGUUUUUAUGAUAUGGGAGUUAGAAGAUGGGAGAGAUGAAGUAUACCGGGGUAGGCAACCUGAGGCCCGGGGGCCAGAUCCGGCCCAAUCGCCUUCUCAAUCCGGCCCACGGACAGUCCAGGAAUCAGCGUGUUUUUGCAUGAGUAGAAUGUGUGCUUCUACUUAAAACACAUCUCUGGGUUAUUUUGUGGGGCAGAGGAAUUUGUUCACCCCCCCCCCCCAAAAAAAUAGUCCGGCCCACCACAUGGUCUGAGGGACAGUGGACCGGCCCAUGGCUGAAAAAGGUUGAUGACCCCUAAAGUACACCAAGGAAAACAGGAGGAGAGGUUGACAAAAAGAAAAGAAAAAUGUGAAGCUUUUGAACAUUUAAUAAAAUAUAACUGGGGGGAAAUGCACAAACCUACAAGAAGCCCCAGUUUUCCAGGACACAGACCCUCAAGUGCUACUUUGCACAUGACACAGAGGCUCUGGCGAUUUUUCUUUCGGCAGAUCACCCGCAUGGAGUACGUCCACACCAAAAGCCUGAUCUACAGAGACGUCAAGCCGGAGAACUUCCUGGUGGGGCGGCCCGGCAGCAAGCGCCAACACGUCAUCCACAUCAUUGACUUCGGCCUGGCCAAAGAGUUCAUCGACCCCGAGACCAAAAAGCACAUCCCGUACCGAGAGCACAAAAGCUUGACCGGCACCGCGCGGUACAUGAGCAUCAACACACACCUGGGGAAAGGUGAGCAGGGGGAGGCAGCCCCUGGGAAUGGGGAGGGGGAGGCUGUGGGGGGGGGCAAGGAAAAGCAGAUUGGGUGUGUGUGGCAGAGACAGAAAGAGAGAGAAUGUUGCAGAGAGAACAUGAAUGAGAGAGAGAGAGAUCUAUGAAUGGUGCAGCCAUCUCUGAAACGCUGCAUCCGUGCUGGACACAGAAACUGUUAUUUUAAAACAGGGGUGUGUGUGGAGGGAAGCCCAGGCAGCCAGUGUAAAGAUACAGUGGUACCUCAGGUUACAUACGCUUCAGGUUACAGACUCCGCUAACCCAGAAAUAGUUCCUCAGGUUAAGAACUUUGCUUCAGGAUGAGAACAGAAAUCGUGCUCUGGUGGCAGCGGGAGGCCCCAUUAGCUAAAGUGGUGCUUCAGGUUAAGAACAGUUUCAGGUUAAGAACGGAUCUCCGGAACGAAUUAAGUUCUUAACCCGAGGUACCACUGUAUUCCGUGUUCUUUGGGUUUUAUUUAAUUGUUUUAAAAUAAUUUUUUAUUAAUUUUUACAUAUUAAUUAUCAUUCAUAUAGCAAAACUUCAUUUCUUACACAAUCUUUUUGGACUUCCAUCAGCCCCUCUGAUGGUCCUCCGUUCUUAUCACUUAUUCUGCAUUUCUUAAAUUCCUAUUGCCUUUAAUUAUCUUAACUAACAGUCCCCCUCGUUACCUUUUUUCUUGCAAUAUUUCAAAUAGUCCACCUUACAAAACUUCUCGCAAACCUACAAGCGUAAUCUGAUCAUCACAAUUACUUUCCAAAUAAUCCGUAAAUUUAUACCAGUCUUCUGUGAAUCUCUGAUCCCGCAGAUUUUGCAUUCUCCCUGUUAAUUUAUCUAAUUCCGCAUAGUGCAUCAGUUUCAUCCUCCAAUCUUCUUUUGUUCUUUGGGUUUUAAAAAGAAAAGAAGUUUCUGAAAUGAUGACCAAGCCGCAACUGAAAAUGUCCAAUGUCCUCUGUUGUCUCUUGCACAGAACAAAGUCGCAGGGACGACCUGGAGGCGUUAGGUCAUAUGUUCAUGUACUUCCUCCGGGGGAGCCUGCCCUGGCAGGGCCUAAAGGUGAGUUUCGCUGUGGAAAUGGAAAAGCUUUUUCUCAACCACCACUGAGCCUCUUGGGCUUGCCAAUCGGAAGGUGGGCGGUUCGAAUCCCCGUGACGGGGUGAGGUCCCGUUGCUCCCCUGCUCCUGCCAACCUAGCAAUUCGAAAGCAUGCCAGUACAAGUAGAUAAAUAGAUACCGCUCCAGCGGGAAGGUAAACGGAGUUUCCAUGCGCCCUGGUUUCCAUCAUGGUGUCCCAUUGCGCCAGAAGCGGUUUAGUCCUGCUGGCCACAUGACCCAGGAAGCUGUCUGCGGACAAACGCCGGCUCCCUCGGCCUGAAAGCGAGAUGAGCACCGCAAUCCCAGAGUCGCCUUCGGCUAGACAUAACCGUCCAGAGGUCCUUUACCUUUUUUACCCACACACACCUGGCCAGUUCUGCCUUCACUUAUCCCUUUGCAGCUCACCCACUUAGAAAAAUAAAUUAUUGGAGGUUUGUAACAUACUGAGCAUUAAAAUCCGAACAUGUUUAUAUAAAAGGGUAAUAAAAAGUGUUACAUCCCAAAAAAAAAGAGGAGAAGAAUAAAGAGAAAGAAAAUAUAAAACAGAUCCUUCCAAAACAGUUAUAUAAAGAAAGAGAGAGAGGAAAAAAUAACUGAAAGAAUAGAAAAACAGAUAAAAGGAAGAUGAGAAACCUUGCUAUCUGACCAUUAUCUGUAACAACAAUUAUUCACAGUGUUUCAACAUAUACCCGAUUGGUGUUUUGUUUUGUUUUUUAAACCCUACACAAACAGUUUACAGAAAAAGAUAAAACAAGAUCAUCAACAAGAAAAAUUAACAACAAUAAUUUAAACCCUUCAGAAAGUUAAAAUAACGAUAGAUAGACUGAAAACAGAUAAAAACUAGCCUGCAGCUUUCCAGGUAGGCUUCCCUAAGCAAGACAAGGAGCUGAAAAGUGUACAGUGACAUCAAGGGACAGGGAGUUCCAAAGGUGACGUGCCCAAAGCCUUCAAGGUGCCUGUAGAUUAGAGGACCGCCGGUUCCAUCCCUUCAGCAAGCAGAGCAUUGGCUGAAUGUUCUGUGAGGUCACAGCAACUCAGCCAAUGCCUGAAGAGGGGGGACAGCCUUGCCGACAGGUAGAUCUUCGUAGCUGGGGGCAAUUACCCAUCCCUUGAAUGUCACAUUCCCAUGGGACGUGAUUUGGGGGACCUCAUAGACAUGUUCCUUUCUCCCUCCCUCCCACCCCAAAUUCUCUCUUCUCUUUUUUAAAAAUAAUUUUUAUUGAAUGAUUUUAUAUUACAAAAAUCACUACAACCAUACUACCACAAAAUACAGUUGAGAAAUAAAAAUUACAUACAUCAUACAUUUUGUUUGUUAUUUACCGUCUUAUUUCCUCCCAAACAUCCUAUACAAAACACACACACACAAACAAAUAAUGAUGAUAAUGAAAAUAAAUAUUUCCCCCCCUUUUAUCUUACAAAAUAUUUUCUUCAGUUUUGACUUCCUGUCAAGUCCCUUCGCACAUGUUUUAUCUUACAGUUGAAUGUACAUAAAACAAUAAACCUUUCUAUAUAAAUUUUCCAAUACAAUCAGAAAACAUAAUAAAUCCUUAAUUGUUAUCCACCUCCUUUUACUUCCUCUGUCGCUCGAAUGCUAGCACGGAGUCAAAACUAUUAUUGUAUUUUUGAGCAUAUCUUCUAUAACCAUCCCAUUUUUCCGCAAAUUUUUGCUUUGAGUUUCCUCGUGAGUUUGCUAGUCAAUUGAGCCAUCUCCACAAAUUCCUGUAAUUUAAUUUGCCAACUUUUUGGAGUCUCCUGAUCUUUCCAUCCCUUGGCCACGAGUAUUUGAGCCGCUGCAGUUGCAUACAAAAAUAACUCUCUUGAAUUUUUGGGAAUCUCUUUGUCUAAAAUACUUAAUAGAAAUGCCUCCGGUUUUUUAGUAAAGGUUAUCCCCAUCACCUUUUUAAAUUCAUCGUAUAUUUCCCCCUCAAAAAUCUCAAUCUUUCACACGUCCACCACAUGUGGAUCAUGUCACCGUUAUUUCCUCCACGUCUCCAACAAGCAUUUGCCAAAUUCUCAUUCCCCACCCCAAAUUCUCAUUGCAGGCGGACACGUUGAAAGAGCGAUACCAGAAGAUUGGCGAUACCAAAAGAGCCACCCCCGUCGAAGUGCUGUGCGAAAACUUCCCUGGUAAGGACUGGGCGGGGGCGGAAGGAGGAAUGACCACUGGCUUGGGUGCGAUUCCUGCGUGGAAGGGGGUCAGACUGGAUGACCCCCUGGGGUGUGUGUCCCCCUUUCUUAGCCCUACGAUUCUGCAACCUUUCUUAGAGUAACGUCGUGGAGGGAGUGGGAGGAGGCAAGCGUGCCACAAAAACUGGCCUCUGAAUAGAACCUCCAUGUUCAGGAACACUCUACCACCAUUCAAGCAGUUGGUCCCUUCCCUUUCCCGCCCCGCCCUGGCCACAGUGAUCCAUGCGACGGUCACCUCCAGGCUUGACUACUGUAAUUCGCUCUACGCGGGGCUGCCCUUGAAGCUGUCCCAGAAACUCCAGCGGGUGCAGAAUGCUGCAGCGAGGCUCCUCACGGGGUCUCUGCUAUGGGAGCAUAUUCACCCAGUGCUUUACCAGUUGCACUGGCUCCCAGUGGAGUACAGGGUCAGAUUUAAGGUGCUGCUUUUGACCUUUCAUGCCCUUCGCAGCCUAGGACCCUCGUACCUACGGGACCGCCUCUCCCGGUCUGCCCCACGGAGAGCCUCAAGGUCCACAAAUGACAACACUCUGGAGGUCCUGGGCCCUAAGGAACUCAGAUUAGCCUCAACCAGAGGCAGGGCCUUUUCAGCACUGGCUCCGGCCUGGUGGAACGCUCUGCCUCAUGAGACCAGGGCCCUGCGGGAUCUGAUUUCUUUCCGCAGGGCCUGUAAGACAGAGUUGUUCUGCCUGGCCUUUGGCUUGGAAUCAACUUGAUCCCUUUCCCCUCUUUCCUUUCUCCUCCUGUGAUGAGGCUGCAUUUUAAUAUUUUAAUGUUGUAUUUUGACCUUGUUUUUAAGUUGUAUUCAUUCAACUUGUUUUUAUUAUUGGUUGUUAGCCACCCUGAGUCCGGCCUUGGCUGGGGAGGGUGGGGUAUAAUUAAUAUUAUUACUAUUAUUAUUAUUCUUAUUAUUAUUAUUAAAUCCCUGCUUCUUCAGGGUGGCAUGUGUUAGGCGUUGCCUUUGGGUUCCUCUGUAAGGUUUCCUCAGGUGCAUCCAGGUGGCCACAAGGUGCCAUGAUGACCUACAGCUGUGUUGCCGGACGCCAAGCUCUCAGCAGCCCCUGCAUGGCUGAUGGCAAGGGAUGUUAGGAGAAGCCCUCCGAAUAUCCCUGGGGGAAGGCCACCUAGCAACCCCGUAAAAGUCUGCUUGGAAUACCCCAUUGGCAAAAGCCUGAUUUAAGCGCCACCCAGCAAACAGACCCGGGUGGCGCUGUGGGUUAAACCCCAGAGCCUAGGACUUGCUGAUCAGAAGGUUGGCGGUUCAAAUCCCCGCGACGGGGUGAGCUCCCGUUUGCUCGGUCCCUGCUCCUGCCAACCUAGCAGUUCGAAAGCACCUCAAAGUGCAAGUAGAUGAAUAGGUACCGCUCUGGCGGGAAGGUAAACGGCGUUUCCGUGCGCUGCUCUGGUUCGCCAGAAGCGGCUUAGUCGUGCUGGCCACAUGACCCGGAAGCUGGACGCCGGCUCCCUUGGCCAGUAAAGCGAGAUGAGCGCCGCAACCCCAGAGUCGGCCACGACUGGACCUAAUGGUCAGGGGUCCCUUUACCUUUACCUAGCACACAGACCUCCCGCUUCCCCUCUCCCUGCAACAGAAUUCCCCCAAACUUGGAUCUCCAGCUGUUUUUGAACUAGCUUGCAGGUCAGGAAUGAUGUGAAUCGUAGCGGCUGGAGAACCAGGUUUGGGAACCCUAAGUUUGCCCUGCCGAUCCAGUUUAACCCUUUGGAUUAGCUUCCCUUGGUGAGAUUGCCUGUGCUCUGACCAUUGGGCAACCGCUGCCUCUUCCGCCUUCCUCCCCUCCCCUUCCGCAGAGGAGAUGGCCACGUACCUCCGCUACGUCCGCCGCCUGGACUUCUUUGAGAAGCCGGACUACGACUACUUGAGGAAACUCUUCACGGACCUCUUUGACCGGAACGGCUACGUUUUUGACUAUGAAUACGACUGGGCAGGGAAGCCUUUAGUGAGUUGGGGUUUUUUGGGGGGGGCUGGCUUUGGGUUGGAGAACUGAGGGGCCGCAUUUGCUCAUAGGCAGCCCUUUUGAGGGCCGGAGCAAAUGCAGGCAGAUGCAGAGCUUGACCCUUAAAAACCACAGGGGGAUUUUUAAAAAUCAGCUAUAUUUUUUCCCUUCCUCCUCCUGUGAUGAGGCUGCAUUUUAAUGUUUUAAUGUUGUAUUUUAAUCUUGUUUUUAAGUUGUAUUCAUUCAACUUGUUUUUAGUAUUGGUUGUUAGCCGCCCUGAGCCCGGCCUUGGCUGGGGAGGGCGGGGUAUAAAUAAAUUUUAUUAUUAUUAUUAUUAUUAUUAUUAAUUUUGUAAAGUUGUUCAUUCUGCGUUUGAACACCUCUGGAUAUAUCGCCGCCAAAUUUUGCUGGACACAGGUGGACACCAUGUUGAAUCAAGGCUCCCUUUGCAGGCCUUUCAAAACGGCAAUUAUGUCCACCAUAUUUUGCACGGUGGUUCCUGAGAUCAGAGAGCAGGAGUUUGCCUAUAUGUGUUGGAACCUUUUGAAACGGUGGUGAUUUGAAGCUGCGCAGGUUGUUUGAUUUCUUAGAAAUCUCAAGCGGGUGGGUGGAGAGAGGGAAAAGAAAUUUCUCUCUUUUUAGAUCAUUGUGGAGUUGGAAGGGACCCGCAAGGGUCAUCUAGCCCAACCCCCCGAAAUAUAGCAAUUAUCGAAUUCCGAAUGAACCUUUGCUUCAAGAUGUCCAAGGAAAGAGAGUCCAUCAGCUCUUAACACCUCUCUCAAAUUUCUAUCCUCUCCCCCUUCAUUCACCUUUUCCCGAAACUUCUCCACUCAUUUGGGAGGGGCUGUGGCUCUGUGACAGAUCAGCUGCUUGGAUUGCAGAAGGCAGCAACCCCUGAUUUCUCCCAAGUACGGCUGGGAAUACCCCCCCCACCCCACUCUGAUACAGAAGAAAACAUUUUGGAUCAAUUAGACAGCCAGACUCUUAAUCUUGGGGUCCUGGGUUCGAAUCUCGGGCAAAAUAUUUCUGCAUCGCAAGGGGUUGGGCUGGAUGACCCUCCGGGGUCCCUUCCAAGACUGCGAUUUACAAAGGAGCGCGGUACCGCCGACGUUCCCGAUCUCACGCUCCCGUCUCCUUUUCCUCCCCUCUUUGCAGCCGACCCCAAUUGGCACAGUUCAGAGUGAUUUACAAGUCCAGGCUCCAAACAGGGAAAAAACUCAACAGUACAUGAAACAGCAGGUAAGUGGGGUUCUUCCCCCCCCCCAUGCCCCAGGGGUCCAUAUUGGGGUGGGGGGCAGUUAGAGGGGUGGUGAUGGGGUGGGAGAGGAGGCCAGCCAGAGCCUGAGGGAGUUGUGGGCGAGCCGGCAAAGUUCCUUCACUUCUGCCAAAACAGGGAGUGAAUGGGGAUCACAGAGGAGUAAGGCUGCCAAAUUUGGCCUGCCUGGGGCUUAGGUGAACAAUGAGGGCCAGCUCCUUGCGGAGGCGGGAGCAGAGGCUUGGCGCCACCUGGUGGGAAGAGACGGAGGCGCCUCGGUGUCCGAGGAAAAGUCCUUCCUGAAUAGGAGUCCAUAGAUCUUAGUUCUGCCUACACUGACUGGCAGCAGAUCUGCAGAGAGGGCUGUUUCCCUUUCAACAACCGGAAUUAAUGGCUUGCUUUCAACGGGUAUGCAACGGAUUGAUCCCGCGUCCUUCUGCACGCCAAGCUUGUGAGCUGGCGGCUCCUUCCAUAAAAACAAAGGCAGAUUCUAGACCUCAUGGUGUUGAACGAUGGGCUGAUUUAACGGGGAGGUGCGGAGCUGCCUUCUAGCAAAGUUUCGGGGGCUUCAGGACAGGGACAGACUUAACCUGGGAUGCCGGGGUUUUGAACCUGCAACCUUCUUCAUGCUGAGCAGGUGCUCUGACCCCUGAGUUGAUUUGCUAGGGACAUAGCCUUAUUCUGAGUCAGCCCUUGGGUCUGUCUAGAUCAGGCAUGGCUAAACUUGGCCCUCCAGCUGUUUUGGGACUACAACUCCCAUCAUCCCUAGCAAACAGAACCAGUGGUCAGGGAUGAUGGGAAUUGUAGUCCAAAAAACAGCUGGAGGGCCAAGUUUGGCCGUGCCUGGUCUAGAACAAGGUUUCCCAAACUUGGGUUUCCAGCUGUUUUUGGACUACAACUCCCAUCAUCCCUAGCUAUACGGCAGGCAGAGGGCCAGGAGGCUGGGCCGUCUCCUUCCAGCGGCCCUGUGCAAAGAUCAUCACUUCUCCUCCGACGUAAAUCAGCAACCCGGGCUUCAAAGCCAAGGGACACUAUCAGCAGAUCAAACUGCGCACACAGGAUAGGUGUGAGGCUUGGGGAAGCAUACUACAACUACAGAUUUAUUAAUCAUAAAGCAGGACAAAGAAACACGUCGUCUCUCUCUCUCACGUCGUCUCAGAGAGAAAAGCAAAAGCUAUACACCCAACGGAAGUUCCCAGCAAGCUGUGCUGGAAUGUAAACAGACGUGCCAUGUAACAAUCCCACGUCUGUUCCUUAAAGUGGAAUGGAAUUCUCAACAUGUUCAUCAUCCCUAGCUAACAGGACCAGUGGUCAGGGAUGAUGGGAAAUGUAGUCCAAAAACAACUGGGGACCCAAGUUUGGGAAACGGUGCUCUAAAUCCUGUCCUUUGGGGAUCUUUGUGCCAUUUCAUUGAAUCAUAGAACCGUAGAGUUGGAAGGGACACCGAGGGGUCAUCUAGCCCAACCCCCUGCAAUGCAGGAAUUCACAAUGUGUGUUUUGAGUGUGACCUGGUGUGUGGGUGGGUGUGUACAUCCCUGGCAUCUCUCGAAGGCCGUGCCGUUUGUCAGAGUUUCCCAAACUUGGGUCUCCGGCUGUUCUGGGACUACGAUUCCCAUCAUCCCUGACCCUGCUAGCAAAGCAUUCUGGGAUUUGUAGUCCCCCCCAAAAAACAGCCGGAGACCCACAUUUGGUAAACCCUGGAUUUGGAGGCGCGCCUGCCCUGCGUGCGCUUAGUGAAACUCGGCAGCGGCUGUGAAUCCAACAGGGUUCGGUCACGGGGGCUCCGAUCGCCAUCCCCUUUCCCUUCCAGACCGCGCCGGUCACUCCCAGGGUUGGGGUACCUGUGGCGUUGCAGGUGUCGGGGUGCCAGCAACCGGCAGCCAUCAGGGGCGCUGGGAGCUGGAGCCCAGCCAGGCUGGGAAACCCCCCCUGCAAGGCAAGAAGGGGCAGUUUGGGGCAGCAGGGGGGCAGAACCAUUAUCCCUCCAGAGGUGCCUUCCUUUCCAAGAAAGUGGAGAACGCCAUUUUUCAAUUCAGGGAUGGAGGAGGGUGGAAGACCCCCAGGUGCAUUGAGCCCAGUGGGCGGUGGAGGUUGGGAGUCGUAGUUCAGCCGCACCCGGUGCCCCCCACUCCCCCUGCCCCUCUUCUGGGGGAAUUUGCAUCCAGGCCUGUUUUAUAUUCUUUCGUUUUGCAUGCUUUUUGUUUUGUUUUUUCUUCCUUUCUCUCUUUCCUUCUUCCCUCUUUGUCGCCUCUCCCCACAAACCCCCCAUCUUUUUCUGACCCCUCUCUCGCCUUUGUCACCCCCCCUUUCGUCUCCUCCCCCCGUCGCUAGCAGUCCCCCGAGGGGACGGAGGUGUGGGACCCUCAGGCUGGCCAGCAACCUGCCGAGGAAGCCCUAGGAACCCACCUUGCGGCCAGCAGGCUUGGGGGGUCCGUGCAGGUACAUUAGAGGGGCGUAUGGGGUAGGGGGUGGGGCUGGCAGGGGGUGGGCAUGACCUGCAAACCGCUGUCCAAGCCCCAUUGGCGCCUGCAAACGUUGCCACCGUCCCAGAUGCAACUGACUUGGCCCCAUUCACUUCAAUGGCUCUGCUCUUGGGACUCGGCUUUCGCCAGUUCAUCCAUGGCGGUGGGUCUACUCUGGAGUAGGAAUUGGCGUGGGCUACCACCCUCUCUUUAGGCCCUGCUGCUUUCUCUCGCAUGUGCCCCGCACCCCCAGUGUGAAAAGGAGUGCACAGCUCUUCCCUUGAUGGUGAAUCGGGUCCGCCUAUGUGUUCGCCCCUGUCUCUGCCUGUGUCCGCGCAUGAUGUGGGGCCCCCCCUAUUUUUCUGGGAAGGGGAGCUAGUGCGAAACGUUUCCGGAGCUCUAGUGGUAAUAUUGCAAGCCUACCUGGGGGAAGGCGCAUUACACCGAUAAAUCCUACUUGGAGUACACCCGCAGAAAUUACUACGACUCGUGCCUGUUGACUCCAGUGUGUCUACUCUUGAGUAGGACUAAGGUUGGAUGCAGCCCGGCGUCUGUUCUCCUCCCCGCCCCUCCCAUGGCAAACUUCUUUGGUGAAGAUGGGGUGGGUGGGUGGGUGUGGGUAUUUUUUAUUUUUAAAGAAAACCUUGGUCACUGUCCUGUCUGUUUUACUUAUUUCAUAAAACCUACAUACCAUUUGAUAAUUUAAGAGAGAAAAAAACUUCACAAAGCUGUUUAGAAACAGAAUAAAAUUAUAUAUAUAUAUAUAUAUAUAUAUAUAUAUAUAUAUAUAUAUAUAUAUUUACACCCCCCCCCCAAGAAUUCAGGGAUUCUCUCUCUGUCAUUGCAAAUCCGCAGCAGAGUUUUUUUGAAGGUGGGUUUCCUGUGACAGCAACUUGUUCCCUGAGAGGCAUGAUUCAGAAAAAAAGCCACUAUUUUCUAUCAACAGGGUUGAUUUUCUUCCAGGAUCGUGGUUUCAAAAGUUCAGCGAGAUAUCCUUCCAGCUUUUGCCAUUUAUUACCGAAUACAUAGGAAAAAGAUUUCAUUUUCUUAUCACACCAUGAAUAAUAACAACAACAAUAACAAUAACAAACAACAACAACAAAACAACAAUAAUACAUGACAUUAUUUGAUAAUAGUAUUAACAAUAACAAUGUUAAUAAUAAUAAUAAUAUUUAACAGCCACAAUAAUAAUAUCCUGGUCCCCUACAGAAUCCCACUGUCGGCACAACCUUUUAUGUAAGAGGCGAGAGCUCUGGAAUUCUGUAAACGGCAAACUAAAAUUGUACAAGCUUUUUCCCAUUGCAAUGUUUUGGGACAUUAAUUGUUUGUUUCUGCAAAGGAAUUUUAGAGACUGAAGGAAGCUGUUCUCAGACGAGGGGCUAGAGAAGAGAAGUUGGGGCAUGUAAUGGGAUAUUUGGGGGGGGGCACCCGAUGAUAGGCUGGCCACAGGAAACACCGUGAACACCCAGAAAGAGCUAAACUUGGUUUCUGACAGUGGUUUCUUAAUCCUUACAGGUUUGCACAUGAAAUUCAGAAUUUCCAAUGUUAAGACUGAAAACAUGGGGUUCCGUUUGGUUUUCAGUUCAUCUUCCGAUGUUCUUAAAAGCCAGAACUGUGUAAUGCAGUUUAGCGAGAGCCACAAAAACGUUUUCUGGAUAACACUAAUAGCAAGGUGGUGUUGCUGGUUAAACGCCCAGCCUUGAGAGGGAUUUGAACCACCCACAGUUCUCUCUAAAAAGUGGACUAUAAACCUGGUUGGUUGCAGCUGUCCUGUGAUUGAGUAUGUUCUUUGACGAACCCCUGCGUGGUACUAAGAAUAAUUAUUUGAAAAUGAGCCGGCCUUUUACAGUAAUGUACCCUCUCCUCCCUCAGGUUCAGAUCUGGGCUGUUUGCGCAUUUUGCCCAGCGCAGCCUGGCUCAACUGAAUUGAAUUUUAUUACUACAAUCACAGACCAGUUCCGGCUCACUUACAAUAUCAGGAAAAUCAUAAAACACAACAGGAACACAUUGAAUUGCAGUUGGGUAUAACAGAGACAGUACAGAUAUAGCGGCAGUUAAAAAUAUAUAUUAAAUCUUGAUCACUUGUCAUUUAAAACCUUAAUCAUUUUGGUAGCACAGCUUGUUCCCUAAGUUUUAGGGCAGUCGCACAGAAUUUGGCCACCCUGAGCGUGAUCUCUAGAUCCUUUUCCUCAACCAGGAGUUUUAGACAUUGAAGUUUCGGGCCCAUUUGGAGAUUUUUGUAUAGCAGGAGUGAUAAAUACCGAGCGUAUAUCCCCGUAGAAACGGCAGUGUAACAAGACAUGAGAGACUGUUUCCACCUCCAUCAACCCGCAGGGGCAGAUUCGUUCCACGUAUGGUUUACCCUCGAAUCUGCCUAGCCUGGCUCAACACGAACCAGGGUCUGUGCACAGCAGCCACUCUCCUGCCCCCACAGCAAUCAGAAACCCUGGCUUGGCUUGCAAACGAUAGAUUCUAGGGCAGCAAGAUUGCUCUCCUCGCACCAGGCAUCAAAGCGACUCCCGAUUUCUUCCCCCGAUCCGCGGUUUGCAGGGAGUAGCCAAACCCUGUGGCUUGCAGCGCAAGCGGUUUCGAAACCUUGUGCGAUUGCUUUGGUGGAAAAUGUCUUUGGACUUUUUGACUCUGCACCCCACGUUUCUACCCAAAUCAGGUCGCUGUUCAUCUCCGAACCAAAAAGGGCUCAGUAUCUGCCCUUGAAUUCUUUGCUUUGAAUCCUGACAAGACAGAAGUGCUGUUCUUGGGGAACGGGGGGCGGGCAGGUGUGGAGGACUUCCUGCUCCUGAAUGGGGUAACUGUGCCCCUGAAGGACCAGGUGCGCAGCCUGGGAGUCAUUUUGGACUCACAGCUGUCCAUGGAGGCGCAGGUCAAUUCUGUGUCCAGGGCAGCUGUUUAUCAGCUCCAUCUGGUACGCAGGAUGAGACCCUACCUGCCCGCAGACUGUCUUGCCAGAGUGGUGCAUGCUCUGGUUAUCUCCCGCUUGGACUACUGCAAUGCACUCUAUGUGGGGCUUCGUUUGAAGGUGACCCGGAAACUACAACUAAUCCAGAAUGUGGCAGCUAGACUGGUGACUGGGAGCGGCUGCCGAGACCACAUAACACCGGUCUUUCAAGACCUACAUUGGCUCCCAGUACGUUUCCGAGCACAAUUCAAAGUGUUGGUGCUGACCUUGAAAGCCCUAAACGGCCUCAGCCCAGUAUCUCUGAAGGAGCGUCUCCACCCCCAUCGUUCAGCCCGGACACUGAGGUCCAGCUCCGAGGGCCUUCUGGCGGUUCCCUCACUGCGAGAAGCGAAGUUACAGGGAACCAGGCAGAGGGCCUUCUCGGUGGUGGCGCCCGCCCUGUGGAACGCCCUCCCAUCGGAUGUCAAAGAGAAAAACAACUACCUGACAUUUAGAAGACAUCUGAAGGCAGCCCUGUUCAGGGAAGCUUUUAAUGUUUAAUAGGUUAUUGUAUUUUAAUAUUCUGUUGGAAGCCGCCCAGAGUGGCUGGAGAAAUCCAGCCAGAUGGGCAGGGUAUAAAUUAUUAUUAUUAUUAUUAUUAUUGCUGCUGCUGCUUUUCACCGGAAAGGAUUCGGCUCCAAAUGCCAGGCUCAAUGUCACGCACUGCGUUUGGGGGAGUCCUGUCUCGGGGCCAAUGCACCCUGACUUCUGCAUUUCUGUGCAAAACCCCAGAGGCCGAGGGGUGCAAGCACUGGGCACUCUCUCUCCCCCAUCUCACCUGCCUCCUCUCCCUUCCUCCUCAGGUCAUGAGUUCGACCAACGGGGAGCUGAACACAGAUGACCCCACUGCCGGCCACUCAAAUGCCCCCAUCACCGCCCCCGCCGAGGUCGAGGUGGCUGAUGACACUAAGUGAGUAAGCCAAGUCUUCUUGCGCGGGGGGAGGAAGCUCAGGUCCGGUGCCCAAAUCCAGCCCCCAAGUCCUGGCCCUGCUUUGCACCCCUGCAUUGCAGCGGGUUGGACUAGAUGACCCUGGGGCGGGGGAGAGGACUCUUCGAAUUCUGCCGUUCUCUGAUUCCACAAGUGCUUUUGCCUCCCUGGGGGGCUCUUUCUGGAAGCGGCAGGAGAGUUUUGCUCUUGGGCUCAGGCCCCGUUUGAGGUCCCCCGCUUGGGCCUGAUCCGCCUGCAAGGCUCCUAACGCCCUCCUCUCCUCGAUUCUCAGGUGCUGCUGUUUCUUCAAAAGGAGGAAGAGGAAAACCAUCCAGCGCCACAAGUGA